GGGCGGGCGGGGGGCCGGGCCGGUCACAUGGCGCCUCAGCUGGGCCGAGGCGCGCCGGAGGAGGCGGAGGCGGAGGCUGCUGCUGCCGCUGCUGCUGCUGCUGCUGCGAGGGCCGGUCGGGGCUGCUGGCAGGCGCUGCUGACGAGGCGGACGCUGCCCCGCGAGAGCGCAGGAGGCGCCGCCGCCAAAUGCUGUGCUUGGUGAUCGCCGCGAUGAAAGGUGAGCCGCGCGGCGGCGCCCGAUCCGCCCGGGCUGCGGCGCUGCUUUCUCCGGCUCCGCGGGACCCGCCAGCAAAGCGGCGCUCUCGGCAGCCCAGGCGCUUUCCGAGCGCGAUCCGGCUCCCGCCGCUGCCGGGUCGGUGCCUGCGGGCGGGCGGGCGGGCGCGGGCUGGGGGGGGGGGGGGCGAGGGGGCGACCCGGGCGCCAGGACGGGGCGGGGAGAGGCAACUGCGGGUCCGCGAAUCCGAAAGGGCUCCUUUGCGUUACGUAAAGUAACCGCUCGGAAUCUACCUCCCGAAGUUGCCCCCGGCGUCACAUGACGUCCCUUGGCUCGGGGUGCGAGGCUGUUGGCGGAAACGUCGGAAGGGGCCUCUGACCUCGGGGCAGGUGCCCCGUCCUGGAGAGGGCCGGUCUGCCCUGGGCAGUGAGUCUGCUUAAUUUGGUGUGUCUUUGUGCGCCACUAACCCAGUUGUGGUCUGAAGUCUGCAGAGUGCUGGACUUGACAUGCCACAUGGACCCCCCUCAACUUUCCAGACAUAGACUCUGCAGAUAAGAGAGCGCACUUGAGGUAGAAGGACCUGUAACUUAUUUAUCCUUCAAAGUCUGAAGUCUUUAAAACGUGAUUGUUCUUUUAGAUGUGAUCAUUGCCUAUUGUUAAAUAUUGAGGGGAUGCGUAGCUUCAGAAACAUUCUCCUCGCCCAGAACAGACAGAAUACUGAAUUGAGGGGAAACUUUGAAGCACAUAUUAUUUCUGUGGUGAUGGAGAGGUACGCCAGAGGCAUGUGCCCAACUGCAGAGUAACAAAUUCUCCUCCCAGCGCUACAUGUUUGUGGUUACCUUCCAUUUCCCUCAUAUUUUACUUUCUCACAAUGAGCUUGGGUUUGGAUUUGAAAAUGACCGAUAGGACCCAGAACUGGCCAGAUGAUCUAUUUUGCGGUGCAGCAAUCCUGUGCAUGUUUACUUGGAUAUAAAUCUCACUGUUUUCAGUGGGGCUUAUUCCCAGGAAACAGGGCAUAGGACUACAGCCUCAGUGGACCAGCAGAUGUGGCAGAAAGUGGGUAAGCUUUGGGGUUGCAAGGAACUCUUUGUCGCCUGAAAAUGAUAGCAGGGAACUGAACUGGGUCUGAACGAAAGUGUUUGAGGAUAACUACCUUAAGCUGGGGAAAGGAGAUGUUAGGCUAAGGAGAAUUGUGACCGACAGCUGUGAGCGAAACCCUUUGCAUGCCGGUCAAAAAGACCAUUAAUCCAAAAUGCCAUCUUCUGUGCUGUUUGGUAAUAGUCAGGCAUAAUCCGCACUAACCCCGUGUUCUCCACAGUGUCCCUUCCCCAGCUAUAAAGCUUAUCAGUUGUUGUCAAUUGCUGUGUUGAUUUUGUUUCCAGUGUGAGAGAGUCUUUACACUUAUUAUAUUUUAUUGUUCUGAAUUCAGCUCCGCCAAGAUGUCUGUCAAAGGUCAGCCUUUGUGGCUCUGCAGGAUCUCUUGUUAUUCAAAGGCAAGAAGGCAAUUUAUGCUCUCCCCACAAAUUUAAAUGGGAAGAGAUUACUUUCAACCCCUCCUCUGUAGCACAGGUUCAGCGUAACAUUGACUAAAGUUGCACAGGGGACAUGGAUCAGGCUGUGUUACUCAUGUCUGGUCUCUAAAAUGUGAUUUAUCCCAUUUGGCAGGACUUCUGCAAAGUCUCUGGAAUUCUGCUAUGAAAAGCCAGCACAGGCAAAAAUAGUCGGUUUUUAGAAUCAUAUCCAUUUUUAAAAGAGGAGCUAAAAGGAAGAACUGGAUUGACCUUCCUUGAUUGGAUCAUGGAAAAUCAGAGGUUUUUAAAAUCCCAGUCAGUGUCUGUCCUCAGUUGCCUUGGUUUCAAGAAAACCAGCGGAAGGCUUGCAUUUUUGUCUGUGUGAGAAAGAAAUGCAAAACUUUUUGUGGAAUGUUUUCAAUUAGCUCUUUUGCAGUAUAACAAAGUGAUUUUGCAAUUUCGCAUAGUUAAAAAAUAACUAAAUUGAAAUAAUGUGACCAUCUUGAUAGUGAAUUCUGUAGAAACGCCAUAUACCUUAUUAUCAAGUAACACAAUUUUCAUGGUGUUGUUUCUCUGAAAAGAAUACACCGUCUAGAUUUCUCUUUCUGACUAGGGCACUUAAUGAUGGGGCUGUGGUGUGUUUUUUCAUGAUGAUUCUUCUGAAAACAGAUUGGUAUAUUUGUUGCUUUUUUAUGAAGCAAAGCACUAAAUGAAGACUGUUAACAUUCCAUUAAAGUCUAGUUUGGCCUAUACAUUUUUUGUCAUUGGGUGUAGGAGAAGUUUGAUCAGCUGAAAGAGAGGCACUGCAGUCAUUAUUAGAACCUUGGAUCUGGUUUCCUGGAAAGGGUGGAAUCAAGAUGCAAACCAGUAUAAAUAUGGCACAGAGUAGUUAUUUUAAGUCUUAUUUUGUUGCAUAAGUUUAAGAAGUGUAUCUCAGUGUGUAUCCUGCUUGUAUCCCAGAGCAAAUGCAACAAGAAAUUACAAAACAAAUUGAUAGUCUCUUUUUAGCAGUGCAGCCCAAACUUCUGCAUGUCUACUUGGGUGUAAAACCUAUUGAGUUCAGUAGGACUUACUCCUGGCCAAGUCCAUCUGGUAGCAAGCCCCACUAAACACAACAUGCCUAGGAUUUGUCAUUAGACAAGCUCUUACACAAUUCUGAUUUAUAAAUUAAGGUCAAUAAUGUUUUUUAAAGAUUUCCUGGUAUUGUUAUUAAGUCACUUAACAUACAUUAGAUUGAAGUUUCUUGUGCUAACCUAUUUCAUUUAUUUAUUUAUUUAUUUAUUACUGUUUGGAAACACUUCCUAAAAUACGUCCCAAUCCCAAGCAGGCAGACGUGGAAUCAGACCCUACUGCAUUAGUAGGGAACGACUUCCUCGGAAGCUGCAUUUAGGACUGCAGCCUUAGUGCAGCCGGGGUGGCUCAGUAAUGGAAUCUUGCAGAAACCUCUGAGCUUUGAGCUAUUUAAGCAACAUGGAGUGCAAAGCUGAUCCCACCGUGCAGCCCUGCCACAGUGAGGUUGCAGAUUUGGGGUGCUAUUAAGGGAGACAGAAAGAGAGUCACAUAAGUCUGAGCAAUGAUCCAUGAUCCGCUGGGAAGUAACUUUGUUCAAGUCCAUUGAAAUGAAUGGGAAAUGCACUAGGGCGGUGAUUUUCAACCAGUGUGCCAGGGCACUCUGGAGUGCCUUGAAUGCUGGUCUGGGGUGCUGCGGGCAACGCUGGCCUCUGUCACACUUUCCUUCCUUCCCUCCCUCUGUUGCCCUCUUGCAUCCCUGCCUCCCAAAGACUUCCACAGCUGUUUGCUGCAGCAGCCCUGACUACAAGUUCCCCAGGUGAAUGGUGGCUCUGGGGCUGGCCAGGGAGUGCUGAUUGCCAGGAGGUGAGGUGUCUCAGAGACCAGGGGUGGCUGCUGCGGCUACCUGGAGGACUCUUGAGAGGAGGCUGAGGGAAUACUGCACAAGGGAAGGUGUUUGAAAAAGGGUGAGAGGCUGCCAGCUUGGCAGGCAAGGGGUGACAUAACUGGGCUCCUGAGACCCACAGGGGUGCCGCAAAAGAAUGCAGUUGGUCAAGGGAGCCGUGAAAACCUCUGCACUAGGGCAUCACUUGUGCAUGUAUCCCCUAUGUUUCAAUUGGCUUGUUCACCUCCGCCAGCUCCUGUAUUAAUGUAUGGGAAAUAUAUUGGGCCAGGCUUGCUUGAUAAAAUGGAAACAAUGAGAGAGGACUGGGUUUUAAUGGAGUGCCUAUGGAUGGGGUGAGGAGAAAGAUGCUGGUGCCAGUGGCAUGACUUGUCAAGGUCCCUGCAAAAGCUUUUUGUGGGAUGUAGUCUUUGAUACACUGCUUUUGCCUGGGCUCGCUAAGUGCAUUUAGGUGCAGAUCUUUCCGCCUGCCAUGCCAUGAUCGGGGACAACUGAUCUCUUGCAAUUACUGUGAAUGUCAGUGUUGAGUUAUCUUCAGUUUUGACUUGUGACACUUUUACUAUCUGGCAUUUCAUUUCAUUUCAUUUCAAAUGCUGUAGUUGAAAUGUAUGCUAGAGUGAAGCUUGGCUACCUUUGCUUUUUGCCUUCUUAGGUCUCCCUGGCAAAUAGGUUUGUGAAAAUUAUGAUCCCCGCACCUUUCCUGCUCUUCCUAAAACCCCAUACCUCUUGUGUUGCACUGACCUCUGGCUGCUGGGAAAGAAUGGAUUCUCUGUGGUUUGCUCCAACAGAAUCAGACCAGAAGCAAUGGGGAAAGCCACUUUAAAAAUGGUAAACUGAAAUACAUCGGCGGGAGAUGCAGAAAUAUGUUUAGGUGGUUAUGAUGUUUUAUUUAUUCUUGGUGCUGUCAUUGGAGUUUUGAGGAGAUGUAAUUAUUUAUGACUGCUCUGAAGAUGAAGGAGAACAAAAGUGAAAUAUACAAAUUUCUGUGGCCUUAAAAUAAAAAUAGGGAGGCAGAAACCCGUUAACUCUCUUCCUUCAAACAAAUGAGCUUCAUAACCAAAGAUGGUUUGUGAGCUGGUAGCCUUAUGUCAGAUACCUUUUUCUUGCUUCAUAAAGCAUGAACAGGACCAUUGUGUACAAGGGAAGGAAGUCCUUCUUCAUGCAUGUGGAACUUGCUCCCCCAGGAGGCAGUGUGGCCACCAGCUUGGAUGGCUUUAAAAGAGGAUUAGAUAAAUUCACAGAGACUAAGGCUAUCUAUCGAUGGCUAGUAGCCAGGAUGGCUCUGACAUUCUUCUGAAUACCAGUGGCAGGAAGUCACAGAAGGAGAGAAUGCUGUUGUGGUCAAAUCCUGCUUGUGGGCUUCCCUUGGGGGCAUCUGGUCAGCCAUCAUCAGAACAGGAUGCUGGAACAGAUGGGCCAUUGGCCUGAUCCAGCAACCUCUUCUUUUAUGCUCUUAUGUGGGGAAUAGUGGCAGCAACAAAAGGGCCCAUUGAUGGGUUCAGGGCCUGCUCAGAUGCUAGACUCACGGUGAUCAUGGCCAGCCUCCAGGAAAACCUCUGAGGAAACACUCCUGGGCAACCAGCUACCUUAGUUUGUCCCCCAGCUCUCCUUAGUCAACCCCCCUGAAGACCUGUUGAGGUUUUAUACUUAAUCAGUCAGAGAUCGUGUGAGGAUGAUGUGGAACUGGGUGUUGUUAAUAAUAUAACCACCCCAAGAUCUACAGAUGAAGGGCGGUACACAAAUAAUACUAAUACUAAUACUAAUAAUAGACCCUGGUGAUGAUAGCAAUAAUAUAAAAUGUUUGCAUAGCCCUUUAGCAGGUUCCAAGUCCUUCAAGCUACGCUAAUAAUCCUUAACUGCAGAGGAUUGGCCAGAGAGUGGCUUACCUAAGGCCACCUGGAGACAAUGUAUAUGAAGCGCUAUGACAUAAUGCUUAUGCAAAUACUGAGUGGUGGUGUCACUGAGCAGCAAGACAAGAUGUUGUCAUGGAGGUGUGCCCAAAAGUAACAACAGACUGCUCUGCUAUCCAGGUUCCUUGUAGUUUUAUUUCAUUCAGCACAUAUCUGUGCUGAUUUCAGAGGAUCAGAGGGUUGUGUUGUUGUUCUUGUUUUACUUUUGGUUGGGGACCUGUUAGUGUUUUGGGUACCAAAAUUGCAGGGAUACCCAUGCAGUUGUCCAUCCUGUGAUAACAGCAUGCAAUCAUAAGCAUACAAGCACCCCCCAACUUACUCGUAUUCUACUCAAGCGCAACUAUGUACCGGUAUGUGCGUGGCACCAGGAAAUAAAUAAAUAAUUCAGUUCAAACCUGGAAAUGGCCAGAGAGGGCACUGGAGAGUCCUCAUGGCUUGUGAGUAGACCCUCCCAGAGCCCAAAGAGAAGAAACCCUGCCAUCAGAUCCCUGUGCAAUUCCACAUGUAUAGCUGACGCUGCCUUGUGGUUUGUUAGAUCAUUGGUCCAUCUAGUCCAGAAGGCCUGGAGUCUCACUGAGGAAUUCUUUUCCCAACCGUGCUAUCAAAGAUUUAAGUGUGGACCUUUACUGUGUGGACUGCUCUCACACUUAUCAUGAAGCCUGUGGAGUUCAGCUCUCAAAGGUUACAAAUGUAAGAAGAGCCAAGCUGGGUCAAACUACAGAUCUAUGUAGUCUAGUCCAGAGCUUCCUAUUUUUAUUGUUAUUAUUAUUUUAUUAAAUUUGUAUACCACCCUAUACUCACAGGUCUCAGGGUAGUUUCAACAUAAAAUCACAAUAUAAAAACACAAAAUACAAAUUUAAAACAAAACAACCCAGUACCCCCCCCCCAAUAAAUGCCCACAAGGAGUUAGCAAACAGGACACGAGAGAUGUAGCCCUCCCCUGCUGUUGUUAUCCAGCAACUGGUAUUAAGGGUCUUUGCUUUCUAUCUGAGAACCUUUUGGCAGGACAGAGCCAGUGAUUUUGAUGCCUUCAACAUCUUCAGGCAGAGGCUAGAAAGUCAUGUAUCAGACACUGUCUCUGGAUUUCCUGCAUUGAGCAGGGGAUCAAGGCCCAAUCUGAUUUCAUGAUUCUGUGCCUUGGACCAAAACUCAGUGCAAAUGCACCCUGAUGUGGGGCACAGACCCCUGGGAACUCCUGUGCCAUAAGUUCCCUUGCAGUGAAAUGUGAAACUGUACAAGACUAUGCCAGUGUUGUCUUGGCAGUUCUAGCUAUCCAUGUGCAACCACAAAGGAAUCUGCUGGUGGGCUUUCAAAUCCAUUUUGGAUUCACCACAGUUUAGUGUUACAUCUGAACUAUAAACCGUGGCUAAUCUGGACUGUGUUGAAGCAAGCCACCUUCAUAAUGCAUGGACUGAAGUGGCCAUGUUUCAAACAAACCAUUGGUUAAUAUUAACCACAGUUUACCAAUUUCACCAAUAUGAAAAACUGUGGCUGAUAAGAAGUGGAAGAUCACGUUUCAGGAGGGGUUUGUGCCAGAGGUCUUCCCAGUGGUCUGAUCUACCCCUCAUUCUGACCCAGCCCUUGGUGGUCUCCAAGGAGUUUCAGCUCUUGAGUGAUUUCCAUGUCUGUGGACACUGAUCCGUUGCCGGUGAAGAACUCGCAGCAAAAGAGACCAUGUUCUGCUAUGUGAGUUCACUGCUGUGCUUGGCAGUUUCAUGACUUGAAAAUGUUAAGCCUGUUUUAACUUGUGCAACACUGAGAGAGGGGGGAAAUAUCCCCAAAACACGUUGGUGUAGGCACUCCACCCACAGAGGCUUGACUGACGUCAAUGAAAACUCUUGAGUGUGCGUAAUGUGGCAGGAUCAGGCCCUUGGCUGAGGGGUGUGUGUGUGUUGUUGUUUCUCAUGGCACAUUAAUGAACACACCUGUCUGGAAAUACCUGCAGUUCAGAGGCAUGUUAGGUAAUGGCAGCACCCAGGCUGUUCUUGUGGUUUUUUGGGAAGCAGGUGGGAUUACCUCGUGAAAUGGGAGAUGUAAGGAAUGUUCUUUGACGCUGUGCACGUUCUGUCCUGCAUCUUCCAAGGCGUCAUACUUUUCUGCUACCGAGGAUAACCCCACCCACUGGACAAAUCAAACAGUCAACCCAGGAGACAGCCCUGCAAGGAACACUGAACUAACAGGGCACAGUUUCGUCCUUGCUCCUGGGUGUAGGAUCAGGAUACGAGUCAAUGGACUGUGUGCUAUUAUUCCAUUAAGAAAUAUUUAGAACGUAAGGAGUGCUUGCUGGAUCAGACCCAUGCCCAUCUAGUCCAGCAUCCUGUUCUCACAGUGGCAAACCAGAUGCCUGGGAGAAGCCCACAGGCAGCACCCAAGCACAAGAGCCCUCUCCUCUCUUGACACUUCCAGCAACUGGUAUUUAGAAGCUUUACUGCCUCCAACUGUGGAGGCCAAACACAGUCAUCGUGGCUAAUAGCCAUUGAUAGCCUUAUCCUUCAUGAAGUUCUCUAGCUGUCUUUUAAAGCCAUCCAAGUUGGUAGUCAUCACUGCGUCCUGUUUAACUGUGUGCUCUGUGAAGAGGUUCUUUCUUUUAGCUGUCCUGCAGUUUCGAACAUUCAGCUCCAUUGGAUGUCCACAAAUUCAGGAUGUACUCAAGAGAGCAGGGGAAAUGGAGAGUGCCCUUGUGUAACUUGCAGGCCGCCUUUUGAUUUGCAUCAGGGUCUUGGCACUCAAGCAGUGGCCAGAGAGGUGACAUCUUGAAAGGACAGGUCCUGAGAUGGUAUGAUUUGGGGCACAUAGCUGUGUACACUGCAAUUCCUUGUUCAAACUAUAAAUCCAGUUCUGAGUUGAGUAAGGGAAUGGGAUGUUCAGAGCAGCUGCAUCCUUGUGGUACUUCACUGUCAAGACCAGUCUGGGUCACACUAAGGCAUGGCUCCUUCAGGAGUCCCUCCCUCCCAACUCUUCAAAGCCUCAUUCAACCCCACCUUUCCCAGUCUCUGUAUCAACAAUUUGUUAGAACAAUACAAAAAUAUCAUUAUCUUUUUGGAAGAAAAAAAAAAUGGAUUCUGAAUGUUCCUUUCCUGGCAGAGCCUGGAGAGAAACGCACGUUAUUUUUUUGUGCCCAGCUAUAAGUGUCCAAGAGACUUCUAGAAAUGGUCGGCUAAAUUAUGAUAAAAUCUGCCAAUCUGGAUGAUUUGAAAGGUUCUCUUCAUUUCCUCCUUUUGCUCUACUUUGGCAGUCAGAGCAUAACUUUAAAGCAUUCACCUUUUUGGUACAGUUUUUAUCUCCCAAACUACAAUUAGCAAUUGCAGCUGAUAACUCGAAAUGAUCAAGUGAGCAGCCCACUCUCUCCUUUCAGGAUGUGCCUUUUUGCUUGAAGAUUUAUAGCUGAGGAAUGUGUUGUGCAAAUGGUUCUGCAGCUGUCUCAGGGACCUCCUCUGCCGCCGCAUCGAAGCUCUUCUCGCCUCUCAGGCCUGUUGUGGUUGAUGAAAGAUUCUUGAUUCUCAAAAGUCUUUCGUUGUUCUCCGUCUGAGCCUUGCGAAAUGGAAACCAAGACUUUUGAGUUCACACUUUCUCUUCUAAUGCUUUGGAGUGCCUGCCCAUGGUGUGUGGCUUUAACCUUAACUAAGAGCCCCUACAUGUGGGGCUUAACUUGCCAAACUAAGCCCUGCUGCCCCUGGAAAGUGUGCACCAGUUUGCAACAUGGAGACCAACUCAUUCCCAUGCCAGUAGAGGCUGGCAAGAUGGGGCAGUUUUCUUGGCCAUGGCUUAUGGGUGCAAAUGUACGCUUAAUCAUGGUUAAUGGAAGCCAUGCUUUGUGAAACCCAGAAACCAUGGAUUUGUGUUCUGAUUUGUGGCCAGUGUUUGUCUUUAGUCUGUGUGAACAUAACUAUGAAAACAAAGCAUAGCUGAAUCAUAUGCAUAAAGGCUUGUCAGUACUGUAGUGGUCAGAACUGCCUUGCAUUUACCACCACCCUUCCUGUCCUGUGACUAUGCAGGUCUUCUUCCUGCAGGUAAGGCAGGUAAGACACUGUGACUGAAAAUGCACAGGACAUGGGGAUUUUAUAGUAUUGAGCAUAUCAAGCAAGGCAGACCUCUGUUUUGAGCAGGCGGCUUCCCGCUGAUCAGUCUUCCCACCAGGCUGGAAGAUGCUUAGAUGUUCUUCUGAACAGGGAUUCCCCAAAGGUGGCCCAAUUCUUGAUUUUCCAUCUCCAGGAAUAUCUUGGGAGCUCCAGGCAACUGCAAACCACAUGGUCCAGUAGGAGGUCUGCAUUCUAGCAAGACAAAAUCAUCUCAUCUUAGCAGAGCAGGACUCCCUUGUCUCACUCUAGUACAGCCUUCUGCAACCUGGUGCCCUCCAGUCCUGUUCUAAGGUGAGGCUGAUGAGAGCUGUUGUCCAAAACCACAAACAGUUCAGGGAAGGCUGGCCCAGCUUAAGUUAGCCCAGUAUAAAUUCAAUUUAUGCUGCGGUAUGGAAGGGAACAAACAGCUGCUUGAGUUGUUUCUGCUCUGUGUUGCCACUGGACUGGGAACUUCUGUAACCUUUCCUAUGUUUAGUAUGUAUUUAUGGGGUCUGUUACCUGGUGUUUAUUGUCCAAAAAUAAGUUUUAUGUUUAUUUAUUUAAAACAUUUUUUACCAUGCUCUUAGGCUGAAAAGACUCCUAGAGCAGCUUGCAAAGAUCAGUAGCAAAGCAGCAAGUUGUUCCUGUACAUUGUUGUGUGCAACAAUUGCCUUUUGCUGCUCUGCAAAUCUGUAAGCUCAUUUUCUAUUUGGAAAAAAACCUUCUGUAUUAUUUUCCCUGAGUUUUUGAAAGCAGCCACCUGUCCAUUCAGACAUGCACACAAACACCCCUACCAGAUUUGACUCUCCAGGUUUACUUAGGAAAAAGUGUGAGUGUUUGUGUUAGACGCUUCAUAAAAGCCAGUACUUGGAAAAUCUGAAUGAAAAGUACAUCUUCCUUUUACAUUCAGAAAUGUCUGUCUGAAUCAUUUUAGGACUUGACUGCAAGUCAUGCUGCUUAAGUGGAGCUUAGCAGUGGAGCAGUCAGUGGGAAUUCCAGCUCUCCUCUGUCCUCAUCCUGGACAUUGAUCCUGCCAACUAUUUUUAUUUUAGUCAUUUCGGGAUAUAGCUUCAGUCAGCUCACCCACACUGUGUAAGCACCAGAGCUGCACAGCAAACAAGAAGUGAAGAUUGCUUGGAAACUCAACACUUUUGCACCCAAAUUUUAUGCCUGUGUUGCUGUUGUUUUAUGGCUGAAAGUUAUUGCACUUGGGACUAGUUAAUAUAAUCAAGGAGGAUGAAGUGAAUUUCUCCAAAGGCCACCUGCGAAGGGUUGGCUUCAGGUUCCAUCAUAUUCUGACUGGUCUCCCUGAGGAUAGGGUCUGGGUCUUUACUGUGGAGCUGUGUGGAAAGUCCUUCAUGGCCUCUGCCCUUGGAUGUGUCCCUCCCUAGGUCCCAGGUGCCUGUCUAUUAAAACUUCUCUUUUGCAGUUUUUGUGGGGGUGCUAAUUCUUAUACCCGGUUUGCUCCUUCUUGAUGCUGGUCCUGUAGAUCUUUUUUUUGCUUGUUACAUGGAAUGUGUUUCAUUGAAAGCUGCCUUGAAAUCCUUCUCUUCUUUAAAUAUUCAGUGGUAUGUAAAUCCAAUAAAAUAAGUAUCUAAGCUUUUCCUUGAUUUUACCACUUGAACCUGCUAGUGGCUGUUGCUUGUUUGACUACUUCCCUUAAAGGCCAGGGUGGGGGCACUCCAUGCACAUAGAAAAGUGGCAUACUAAGGGAGACACGUGGGCUGAACUUUCUUCCUAAGACAGUAUUUUUUUAUCUGCACAGAGUUCCCUAUUGAAGAAAGAGUCAUUCACACAUGCACAGCUUUAGGUGCAUAGCCCAGGACUAGCUUUGCUGCUUGAGUCUGGGGAUGGUGUAAAUUGGCCCUCAGAGCCAUUUGGGGCCCCUUCUAAAGUUCAUGUCUGCUUGGCUGUCACAACAGAGUGCUGUUAAGCAAAUCUGCAUGGACACAGCUAGGGUCUGCAAAGAAUCUGCUGUAUUAGACAGGAGGGGACUUGGAAGACUGGCUGCAUUGUCAUCUUGCUAGUAGUAAUCAAGCCACAUAAAGUUUGACAUCAAAGAGAGCAAAGCACACUUUGUGGCAGGGAAAUACAUCAAAGCAUCGGCACAGGACAAAGAAUUGUGGAGGGAGGCAGCUGAGUUUCACCAGCUGGGUCUCUGCGGGUGAGAACAGAAACCUUAAAAAUAAAAAAAAGUUGGAAAAUGGGCCCCUUUUUCUCAGCUUAUGACAAAAGGGAAAGACGCAUUUAAAGAAAGGGAUUCUGAAGCUAUUCUCGAGGCUUUGUGUGAAAGCCAACAACAAACCUGAGCACACAGAGAGAGAAAUUGAGUCAUUUUUGGUUCCCUUCGUAAAGUCUCUAAACUACAUCCUCCUGCCUUGGCUCUGCAGAGUCUGGCUGUCCUUAUUUCCCUCUCCUAUGUUACCUUGGUGUCCAGGGCUUAAGUUUUAGCUGGGGCUUCACUCUGGAGCUGAAACAUCUGUGAAAUCAUUCAUGUCCAGAGCAAUAAGAGAGCAAUACUCUCUUGUUGAGUAUUCAUAACCUGCCCACCUCUGAUGGAGGGUCAGUGACUUCCAGGCCAGGUAGGUUUCUGCUCCAGCAUCCUUUCUUUAAGAAGUGACGCUCUGUUGGGAUUUUGCUUACAUUUCCCAACAUUCUCUCAAGUGCUGGCACAAAUGACCCCUGCUUGGAACACUUGUCCUUUCCCCCUGUAGCAUGUUUGGACAGGAACUCCCAGUUCAAGAGGCAAGAGAGCGGAGACCUUGAAUCCGGCACAGUUGUUGCUGUGGCGUGAAGGGCAUGGAUUGCAUAUGUGGAAGGGGCCAUCCUUCAAAGAAUGACAUCCACCAGGAAUUCACAUUCACUAAUGAAACAUGGGGCCUUCUCUGCGGUGGCCCUCAGAUUGUGGAAUUCACUCCCCUCAGAGGUGUGCGUGGCUACAGUGCUAUAGUUUUUUAAAAAAUUCAGUACUUUUUUCUAAGGGAUUUGGCCCAAUAAAGGAGUGCCCUGAUCCUGAUGCUAUAUUUUAUAGUGGGCUUUGGUUUUUUAUAGUGGCUUUUUAUGUGCUUCUGGGGAGCCGUGGUUUAAAUCCUUGAUUAUAAUGUUGCCAGUGCCAUUCUUAGCUUUGUUGCUGUUGAUAUUGGAUGUUGUAUUGUGAGCUGCCUUGGGUGUGGCAUGCUGCAAAAGGUGGCAUAUAGGGGAAUAACGGCAGUUUGAUGCACUGGUUAGGAGUGCCAGACGAGGACUGGGAGACCAGGGUUUGAAUCCCACUCAGCUGUGAAGUUCACUAGGUGACUUUGGGCCAGUCACUUGCACUCAGCCCAACCUCCCUCACAGGGUUGUUCUGAGAAUAAAAUGAAGUGAGGAGAACCAUGUUGGAGGAAAGGUGGGAUAUCAAUUUUGUAGCAGCAGCAGCAGCAGUAAAUAUGACUGUGAGAGCCAGCUCUGCCACAACUGCUGGAGAGUCCCUAGGUUAGCUGGGGCUGGGAGGCAGCCAGGAGCCCCAGAGAAUUAGUCCAGCACCAACAAGUUGAUCAUAUGGAGGGAAUCCAGUAGAUAUUGGCAGCUGUAGCAUGGAAUGUCAUCUGGGACCACCUGAUUUCCAGGACCACAUGGGUUAUGGGAUAUCAUCUUAGCAUCAUGGCUUGAAGUUCUCUCCUCCAGCCAGUGGUAUGAAGAGCAGGGCAAAUUUGUCUGACUUUCAGGGCUUCUUGGGGGAAACAAUUCAGACUUGACAGAUUCCAAAUGCCCUUUGCCAGAUGCAGCCCCAGUUGUCUGCCCUUGGUGCAGCUGGCGAGGAGGCUAUCCCAGAAUAAGUCUACACGUUAGACCUGGUUUGUUGGCCCAAUUACGGGUUAGAGAAUUUUUUUAAAAAAUGCUAAAAAUCUCUCUGGAGAUCUCAGACGGCUGCUGAAUGUCCAUGUGGAAGUUUUGUAAAAAAAAAAUAAAAAAAAAUGCAUGCACAAAAAUCCCUGAGGCCUUUCCCCCCAAAGCUCCUGUUUGCAUGCUUUCUUAGUUACUGUUCCAUCCAAUAUUAUGCGAGAGUCAGCCCAAAUAUGUCUGGCUCCUACACUACCAAAGCCCACACUGGCUGCCUUUUUUUUGCAGAAUGGAAACUCAGGCAUCUGUGUUUCUUUUUUUUUGCUGACUCAGCCUUCCUAGUGCGCGGUGUGGGUGUGGAAAGAGAGAGAAAAAUACAGAUUUCCUGAUCUGAUAUUUAAAUUAAUAGACAAGUGUCUGAACUUUAAAGAACCAGCCUCUGCAACUUGCGAAUGAAACCUGCCAGCAGCUUAAGAUCAACCCUGCUCCCAUUUAUGUGUUGUUGUUUCCCAGGAAGGUAGCAAAACCACGACCCAGCUGCUGGGGGCUGCACCCAGCUUGGCAUCCCACAAAGUUGCACAGGCCUCCUCAGUUCCGUACCUGUCAGCAAACUUUCUGCUCACGCACCUGAGCCAUGGGCAAAUCUUCCCUCUCAGAUGAGGGACUGACAGUAAUGGGAGCUGUCUUCUCAGUGCAAAUCACAGUGUUGGAGGAGUGGCUUUCAUCAAAAUUGCAACAAGGGAUUUUACUCCCCACUCCUAGCACUGGCUGCAAUCCAGCUAAGUAUCACACGCACACAUGCCAGCAGCUGCCAUUUCUUUCUUUCUUUUCUUUUUAAAGUAUGAAGGCACAUUUAACAUCAGGUCUUGUUUGGACCAUGGCUGAGAGAGUGUGGGUUGGCCAGUGUCAAAAGUGAGAUGGUUUCUGAAUCCCAGCCCAGCUUCUUAGCCACGGUGCUGCAGUGGUUUUGGGUUUUGGGGAUUUAUGCAACAGUGACUUUCUGUAGCCGCCUUGUACUUGAGACCCAGGUGGAAGAACACAUGCCAUGGGCGGGACUAUUGUGCCACCCAUCUACUAAGCAAAGCUCAAGAGCAUGGAGCUGCCUGGCCUUGUGGGCGGAUGCUGAUUGCAUGUUUAUGCCUUCCAGAGUUGAGUCUCACGUGCAGCUGCAUGUGGUGGUGGUUGCAUCAGCACACUCUGUGGUGGACAGUGGAGUUGUGUGAAGUGUCUUUUGUGCAGACACUGAUGUGCUAAUUUCCACCGUGGGGUGAUAUCUUGAAACUGUUGUCGGGCAUGAUUCAUGGGGAAAGGGAGCAUGCGACAGGGGCAGGGCCGACUGCCAGGUUCCUCCCUGGGGCAGGGUAAAGUAAAGGUAAAGGGACCCCUGACCAUUUAAGUCCAGUCGUGACCAACUCUGGGGUUGCGGUGCUCAUCUCACUUUAUUGGCCGAGGGAGCUGGCGUACAACUUCCGGGUCAUGUGGCCAGCAUGACUAAGCCGCUUCUGGCAAACCAGAGCAGUGCACGGAAAUGCCGUUUACCUUCCCGCCGGAGCGGUACCUAUUUAUCUACUUGCACUUUGUCAUGCUUUCGAACUGCUAGGUUAGCAGGAGCAGGGACCAAGCAACGGGAGCUCACCCCGUCGCGGGGAUUUGAACCGCCGACCUUCUGAUCGGCAAGUCCUAGGCUCUGUGGUUUAACCCACAGCGCCACCACCGUCUCCUGGGACAGGGUAGGGGGAGCUUUUCUUCCAUAUCCAAACCCACUUGAUAUUCACAAGGGCAGUAUUUAUGUUCUGAAGUAUUUGAUCCAUUACUUCCUAGUUCCUUCCAUUCCCAGAUUUUCAAAAAGAUUGAAACUGGAGCUGAGUUGAAACAAUUUGUCCAGCUUUGUGACUAUUUUCAUGAGUGUUGAGAUUUUCAUCUCUUCCUCCUCUUACGGUUCUUGCAAACAUACCCGUAAACAUACAAGGAUUAUUUCAGGGCUCGCUGCCGCUUUGGCUACGUGGCUUCUCUAUGACCUUUUUCUUGGUUGCCAUCACUGUCCUUUUGCUCCCUCUCCCAUUUUCCCUCGUUGCUGUUCCAUCAGGUCACCGCAAGUCACAUCAUUUGGGUGGGUGCCAUAUUACAUUUUAUGUGAUGACCUCAUGGACGCUUGCAAACAAAGCAGGUCACCAAGGCCAGUGAAGGCAAAGGAGGCUGAGGGUGGUGAGGGCAGCCAAGAAGAAAAGGGAUGCUGAUAGGAAGCGAUAGGGUGCCCAGAGUCAACAAAAGAGCACAAGUGUCCCGCAAGUUUUUUCCCAAUAAUUCAGUGCAUCAAGUAUGCUAAUUUCUUAAGGAUUUGAAACGAGUGAAUGGUAGUCGCUGCUUCAUUUGCAAGAACAAUGUUUCCCCUUUUGAAGAUCUACUUUGUGUCAUGCUAGCUAAGGUGCUUUGGGAUUUGGGUCAAGCCUUUCCUUUUUAAGAUACACUGAUGGGGAAAACAAAAGUUUUAGCAAAAUUGUUUACUCCAUCUCCCUGGCAAGAAUCUGGCAACUCUGUUGACUUAAAUCUUGGAAAGACAAACUCUUGGAAAGGAUAGCACUGGAUUCUUCAAAUCCCCUUUCCAAAGUCCCUUCUGUUUAGCAUGCAAAUUGAAUUCACUUGAUUAGUAAAAAAUUUAAAGCUUCCCAUCUCAACCAAAUUCCGUUCUAGCAAGCAGGCCAAGACUUAAGGCGUUUUUGUGGGGGAAACCUGCUCUUCUAUUUUUUGAGACGUCAUCUCAAAGCAGAACAAUUUUGUUUUAAUUCUAAGGUUGAUGUAACCAAUCCUUUUUCUUAGGGUGGUGCUUUGCCAAGUGUUGCCGCUGUGUGUUCUCCAUUCAUUACAGCGUGGCUUGGGAGUUGCUCCCUCGAAGGCUUUCUUGAAAUGAAUGGAGGUUUUACUGCCUCAUUCCUUGGCCAGCAGCAGCUAAAACUAGCUAUAAACGCCCCUGAAUGCCACUAGAAGCCUAUGGCAACAGGGCCACCUGCCCUGUGGCUAAAAGAUGGCAAUUAAAAUGACCAGUCAAACUAGGCUUGAGGGAGAGGCCCAGAAUUUGGGUGCCACCAGUGAAAAGGCCCUUUCUUGGCUGCCACCCACUUGAUAUAACAACAACCAUCAUCAUCAUCAUCUUAUCUAUCUAUAAUCCCUACAAAGUACUCUGGACCUGCCAAGGUUAUAAUUGCUUUAUGCCAGGAAUUUAAAAGCAUGAAAUAAGGUAUACAAAUAUAUAUGGCGCGCAGAACCACAGAACCAGUGCUAGAAACUGUAAUACAAAAGCUAGGAACUAAAUGGCACCUUAAACCGAGGUUAUGGGCACAACAACGGAAUGUCUAGGUGCACUUUUUUAUAACAAGAAUACAAAGCUAAAAAUGAAUGAACUGCAACUAAAGUAUUAUGUUCAUUUUUCAAAUAGUCAGUCCUUCCCCUGCCCACCCCCCUAAUAUUAUAAGAGGGUCUCUUCUCCAGUCUUCAGACAGUAGCUGUAAGUGGGGAAGCAGAAAAAGUUCUUCCUUUUCUUCCACUCUGCAGUUCUAAUCUGAAAUCUUAGGCCCAGUACUGCGCUCAAAGCUUAGAAACUGCUCACGCUAAUGAAAUUCCCUGUCACAAAAUGCACCUAGAAUGAUGGGAGUUUUGAACACUGCACAGAACACAGCUUAAUUUUGUCUUUGGCCUAGGUUGCAAUGCCCAGUGCUGUUUUCUUGCACUGCGUCCAUCCACACCAAUAGGGCUUGUGCAGGAGAAUUUUGCAGUUGAUUGUGGGUGGAGUCCGCCUGCCGUCCAUUAUGGAUCCUUAAUGGGAUCCCAGACCCACUGUCUGUGGUACAGGAAAGCCACCUCUGCAGUUGGGACCCAACAUUUCCCCACUAAAAGGUGGCAGCUUAGUGUAAGUAAAAUGCAGUGACAUCCGUAGCCGACCUGGAGGCCAUAAACUGUUUCCAGACAGUCUUCUGUUCUCCAUAACCAACUUUCUGGUUUUUUUCCCUUGAAGAAAGUGAUCAAACCACUUCUACUGGCAUAUAGAAGGACUACUUCUAAUAAUUGUCUUGGCUGCAAAUUAUUUAAGGGGAAGAAUUAUUUAAGGGGAAGAAAGUGUUGAUGUGUAUAUCUGGCACAAUAGCAGCCAAGUCUUGAGAAUGAUUUCCCUUUUUGUGAUGAAUAAGCUCUUUCAAAUGUCUGCAAAAUAUUAUGGUCCAAAUAAAUAAUUUGAGAUCCAAAGCACUUUUUUAGAAAUAAGAACUAAGAUAGCUUCUGGCAGAUGGUCGGUCAAAAUUCUGCUCUGUUCAGAGAUCGCCAAAUCAUUUGAUAAUGAGCAGAAUUGGAAGUUGCUAGGUCAAUCUUCUACAUAUAUUUAAAAUAUUUAUUUUAGGCAUAGCAACGCUUUCCCACAGCCCAGCACACAGAAGUGAAGCAGGCAACGCUUCUGGGCAUGGACACAAAUGAUGGGGGAAGUUUCACCUGGUUAAUUGAUGUGCUUGCCUGCUCUCUGAGCAUGUGCAAAAACAAACAAACAAACAAACCCUGAACAUUUUUCAACCCUAUGUAUAUGUCAUGGCUUUGGGCUGAGGGGUGCAGGUAAUGUGGCCUAUUGAAUCAGCUUUCUCCAAGCUGAUUGGGGAAGGCCAAAAAGCCAAUAUAGUAUUUAAUGCUUCAAUGCUUGGAAAAAAAAUGUAUGGGUGAUGACUGAUGUGAUUUCAGGAGUCAGAAGGAAGCGUUAGGGUUAGGGUAGGUUUCCAGUGGCCAGGGUGCACUUUAAGCGCAUUGCAUCUUCUAUCUUCGUCUUGGCUAGUAGAAGCAGAGUGAAUUCUGCAGAAGAAGGGAACUGCAAUCAUGUAUACUGGCAACAGAAUGCAACUUGGUCUGAAUUUGGGUCUUCCCUCUGCCGGCAGCUCUCUGCAAAUCUGUACAUCCACACAGACCUUCCCAGAUAUUAAGAUCAGCAAGGGUUGGUGAGGGGGGGAUGUUUCAGUAGUUCCACCUCCCUCGGUUAGCUUGUAGAGAGUGGGGUAGGGCCUUCUCUGAGGCAGCCCCUAAGCCGUGAAAUUCCCUCCCCACAGAGGCGCACCUGGCACCUUCUUUGUACAGCUUUCAGUGAAUGCUAAAGUCACACCUCUUUACCCUGACCUUUGACAGCCGAGAUAAUGUGUUUUCAGGGCUCACACUUUUCAUAGAAUCAUAGGAUUUUAGAGUUGGAGAGGACCCCAAGGGUCAUCUAGUCCACCUCCUGCAAUUCAGGAGUCUCAGCUAAAGCAUGCAUGACAGAGGGCCAUUCAACCUCUGCUUAACAACCUCCAAGGAAGGAGAGUCCACAACCUCUUGAGGGAGAUCGUUCCACUGUCAAACAGCCCUUACUGUCAGAAAGUUCUUCCUGAUGUCUAGUCGGAAUCUCCUUUCUUGUAAUUUGAAGCCCUGGGUUUGAGUCCUACCCGUCAGAGCCGGAGUAAACAAGCUUGCUUCAUCUUCCAUGUGGCAGCUCUUCAGGUAUUUGAAGAUGGCGAUCAUAUUCCCUCUCUAUCGUCUCUUCUGCAGCAUAAACAUAUCCAGCUCCUCUGACUAUAAUCUGUUUUCCCUGUUUUUAAUUUAAUAAUAAUAAAUACUCUGUAAUUUCAUGGAUAAGAAAAUAAGAAUGGAACCUGCUGCAUCAGAGCAGUGGCCCCUCUAGUCCAGCUCCUGUUUUCACAAUGGCUACCCAGAUGCGGGUGGGAAACCAGAAAACAGGAUUUGAACCCAAGAGCCCUCUUUCCUCCUGUGGCUUUCAGCAAUUGAUAUUCAGAAGCAUGACUGCCUGCACUGUGGCGGCAGAGCACAGCCAUCAGGGCCAGGAGCCAUUGAUAGCCCUCUCCUCCUUGAAUUUCUCUAAUCCUCAUCUAAAGCCAUUUAGGUUGGUUGCCUAUUUUUCUUUAGUUCUUCUGAACUGUUGCUCCUGAGGAACAUGGUGCACUCAUUUUGCUUCCUGGUGCCUCUUGAGGUCCUUUCCUCUCUGUAAUCGAUUGCUUUUUCUUUUUGGUGCUGCCCUCCAUGUUCCUCUUUAACUGCGCAUUCCCCCCACCCUUUGAAAUAGUUCUAUACUGCCCUUCAAAAUGCAAAAUUUCCAGGGCAGUUUGGCCUUGAAAUGCAAAGCCCACAGGCUGGAAUGGUGUUUUAGAUUGUUUUCAAGGAUGUACUCCUAAUCUCAGUGUUUUGUUUAGGGGUGGGUGGGUGCAGCCUGUUCUAGAUGGGGCCACAUUUCCUCUAAAGGAGUUCAGUGGUACUUCGGCUUACAGACGCUUCAGGUUAUAGACUCUGCUAAUCCAGAAAUAGUACCUCAGGUUAAGAACUUUGCUUCAGGAUGAGAACACAAAUCGUUCUCUGGCAGCGUGGUGGCAGCGGGAGGCCCCAUUAGCUAAAGUGGUACCUCUGGUUAAGAACAGUUUCAGGUUAAGAAUGGACCUCCAGAACGAAUUAAGUUCUUAACCCGAGGUACCACUGUAGUCUCAUAGUAUGGGGUCUCUUCUGGAUCCACUGUUGUCAUUUGAGAAAGAAGGUGGCUUCAGUGGCACAGGGAUCCUUCCACUAGAUUAGAAUGGUGACCCAACUAUGAACCUUUCUGGACGGAGAGAACCCAGGUGCGGGAAUCUGGGCUCUGGUCAGGUCAAUAUCUGAUUGCUACAAGUGCGGGAUGCAGUUGCCUGGUUUGCUGGUAGGCUUGAGGCUAGCCAGUCAUAGGACAGCAGUCCUGGCAUGGCUGUACUAACUUACUGUACAUUUCUGAGCCCAGUUUCAAGUGCUGGUCCUGUACCCCAAUAUCUUUCAGAGUUCUCCUCCUGAUAUGAACCUACCCAGACACUUUGAUCUUUACCUAAGACCCUCAGGCUUUCAUCUCCCCACAUAUGGUAUACUCUCCCCAGUGAGAUCUGCCUGGCAUCAUUAUUAACAUCCUUCUGGUGUCAGGUAAAAACUUCCUUCUCCCAGGCAUUUGAAGGAUUGUGCUGUUUGUUAGUGUGGGGUUUUUUUUAUUGUUGCUAAAGCUUUUGCUUCUGUUUUAUUCUUGUGUCUGUUUAUACAAGAAUUUGUGGGAAAUUCCCUGAAUAAAAGCAAAUUGAAGUGUCAGUUCAAAACCUCCUCCUGGCAUCUUGUGGAGCUGCCUGGCCAUCUUGUGGUGCAUCUUCCAUUAGCUGUUGCUGUGGACAUCUUGGUUUGGACCUUGAUCCCUCCAGAUCUUUGUUUCUCAUGUAUGAAGACUUGAACAAACAAAAUCUCCAAGUGUAAUGAAAUAAAAGCUAUGAAGCUUAGUAUAUCUUUGCCUAUAAUUUCACCAUCUAAAAUUAGUUGUUGUCUUUUCAAAAAAGAACUUUUAUUUUUUUAAAUGAUUCAGAACAGAUGUUUUAUAAAUGUAAUUGUUUCAUUUAACAUUUCCCCAGUGUCAGGCAUCUGAUGAUUGUGGUGAUAUAAAUUAGAGGUUCUGUGCCAGAUGUCUUUCUCAAAAAGCACCGUGAAUUCUCUUGAAGAGGAAGGAGCAUCAGCACAGUAAAUUUGGUCUGGCCCCGCACCUUUUUCUGAACCCAAAGAAUCGAGGCAAUGAGUUCUUUGCACCCAGGCUUCGAGAGAGCUGCGUAGCCUCUGGCCUCUUGUAAGACAUGUCCUCAUUUGCCCUCCAUGCCUAGAUAUUUGCAGAACAGAGAAAGGAUUAUGUUCCUACCAGGAUACUUGAUACAGGGCAGGCAAGUUCAUUCUCUCUUUAUGGCUGUUUGCCAGCACAGUAUUGUCCUUCUGAGUUUGGCUACUAUAUUUGCUGGAGGAGGCUGUGUUCAUAUGGAAAUGUUGCUGCUAGCCGAAUGAAAUCAGGCGUCGCAGAAGCUGCAGCCGUGCAAAGGCAUCUAAAUAACAUGUCAAGAUCUUUCCGUUUUCUUAUUUGUUUGCUUUUUUCUGUCUCAUAUGCCUUUGGAAUACCAUCAUUAUGCUUGGUAUUACCUAUUCUGACUGAUGUUGUAUUUGUGCAGGAGGUGAUGCUUUUGAAAAUGUUGUCAUGUCAACUGAAGCUAUCUUUAAAAAGAGAAAGAAAACCCUGUACUAAGUCUUCAAUAGAAACAAAUUCAUCUUGCAUUAUAUAAAUAACACCUUGAUAAAUUAGCCCAGCAAUUGAUAGUUCUGCACACUAUCCUGCUUCCCUUUAAGGAUGCUGGAUUCUAAAGGCCAUUGGGUCCCUGCUAACCCUCACAGGUGUUUGCGACACAAACAGAACCGUUCCUCCCUUCCAACAGUAUCAAAUUUGCUUGCUGUUUGGUGCAAGCUGCAGAGAGGUGGUUCCAUCCAUCUGGGGUUAACAACUGAUCAGAAAAACACCUGUUUGCUCUUAGGCCUUUAAUUGACUGGGGAAGUUUUUCAUAGCAUGAUUGCCUUGAAAUGUUUGCAUGUAACAAGGAGAACUAUACUGGUUGGCUGGAAAACCGAGAAGCCUCUCUUUGUUACUUUAUCUCUAUUAGAAUGCCUUUCUGCAGGUCACUGUUGAUAAAAAAGAAUAAUUGGACACAAAUCUGACCUCAGAAAUUGCAGUAUCCAAACACCCAGUGGAGGAACUUUUCUAUCUCCCAGGGCGUUGAACCACUGACCAAGUUGUCAUACUGGAACAUACAAAUUUCAAAGGAAGACUGCCGUGUCAAACCCGCUGGACAUAGGAGCCAAUUCCUGGGGGCUGAGGUCCCUUUGAUCUCCCCAGUAAAAUGUUUGACUUUCCCCCAAGUUGAUGGGCUUUGCCAUUCAAAUGGCAUAAUCAUGUGAUUAUGUGGGGCGGGGUUUACCUGGGCCUCCCCAAUAUUUUAUUCAAGUUGGCACCCCUGCUGCUGGAAUACAGUUCAUCAAGAGGUAUAGUGCUAUCUCUUGAGGACUAAAUCAAGACAAAAGUAUGGGUAUUUUUUUAAUCACGCAACAUUUGUUAAUUGCCCCCCUCCCCUGUGCCUAGAUGUCUGUGUUAACAACUGUUUUUUGUGUGAAAGAUAACUAUUUAAUCAGAUGGUUCUCACUGCCUGUACUUUCUGCAUUUUAUUUUCAUCUGACCUCACUUUUUACAAUUCUCCUCCCCUCACCCCAAGGACCCCAUGCCAUAUACUCAGGAUAACACCUUGUGCAUCUGAUCAAGCGGACUGUAAAUGCAAAAGUUUAUGUUGUAAAAAACUUGCUGCUUUUUAAGGUGCUGCAAGACUAUUUGUUUCGUUCUCCAGUAAUUCUGCUUCUGAGCUUCGCAGAGGCAUUUGGUUGGCCACAAAGUGGGGGGAGAAUAGCAGUCCAGUCCAGGAGGCUGGUGAUUAUUAUUGUUUUCUUUCUGGGAGCAGUGUUAUGUGCUACAGUUCUGACAGAAGUGCAAAAUACCUGCUCUGGUGAUGAAGCCCAAGAGGGAGCUGCUCUUUCUUUUGAGCUCUGCCUCAAGUGCACCCAAGUGCAAACUUCAGCCAAAGUCACAGUUUUGAGGUUUGUCUAAACUCUCCUACAGCAGAACCCAUUUUGAACAUCACUGAAGUGAGGAAGCAGUAUUUCAGGGAGCCAGGACAAAAAAGACUCCGGAAAAAAUGAUGGAUGGUUACUCCAUUAAGCCUCAGCGCUGAUUAAGAUGCAUUAUGGGAAAGGCCUGUUGGAGUGUAGCAUCUGUUUGUGGGUCCCAGGGAAAGCCCACUUUGUACUUCAGGAACCUGUGGCCUGGAUUAAAUUUACAUCAUCCUAGCAGGGCAGAGAGCAAUUAGCCCUGUCCUAAUCCAGGCUAAAUUGCAUAUGGUUGGAUACUUUAUAGGGAUGUUAGCAUAAGUGUUGCCUCUCUAGCAUACAAUGUGUGUAAGCAGCUCUAAAUGGCCUUGUCCCAUUUGCCAGGCAUCCCAGGCAGGUCUAUGGAUGGAGUCUCUGUGGUGCAAUUAGUUUUUGCAUAGUUGGAAGGACUAGCCCAUCAUAUCUCAUGAGCUUGACUAGAGUUGGGCAACAGCUGUUCAACUGCUGAUGGGUGUCAACCCACAAAUUAUCUGUGGCACCCUAUAAUUGCUUGCAACCAGGUGACAUACACUGACCUCUUAUAUAACAGGCCAAAGCUAUCCACUGUGAACAAUGGGGUCUUCUUAAACUUUCCCAACAUUCACCCAAUUCGUUUCUUUUUAUAGUGGCUUAAACAGAAGCAAUUGAUAAUUAGGAAAUCAUUAUUUUAUCUCUUUUUUUAAUCCCUUAUCACCCUUCCACCAUUUUAAAGUGGGCAGAUAAUUGUAUAUAUUGUGCUCCACUUUGGCAGAAUGUGCAUACUUCAUGCUUUUAUGCUUAAAGACUUGUUAGAAACAGGAAAGAGAUGGGGCGGGCCUUAGUUACAUCACCAAUACAAUAAGAGUUAUGUUUGAUAUUUUGCUAAAUUUAAUUUAAAUGCCAGGAUUCUUAACCAGCCUUUACGAUUGGCCUCUGAGCUACCAGUAAGAUGGUGUGUGUGUGCAGGACUUGAGAGACAGGACCUUCUCAGUGGUGGCACCAUUUUUGUUGUUUUUUGUUUAAAUUUUAGCUAUAUCGUAUUGUUUUCAGUUAUCUUUCUGUGAGCUGAAUCCAACUAAUUUGGAGUUCCACAAGUUGAUUGUCUGCUGAAUGACAAAGUGCUUCCUCUUUUCAGUUCUGAGCCUGCUGCAAAUUGAGUAAUCUUUAGUAUCUUUAGCAAGCAUGGAAGAUGGAGCAAGCUUGUUUUCUCUUACUCCAGAGGGCAGGAUCAGAACCAAUGGCUUCAAGUUACAAGAAAAGAUUCUGCCUAAACAUCAGGUAGAACUUUUUGACAGUAAGAGCUGUUUGACUGUGGAAGAGACUCCCAUGAGAGGUGCUAGACUCUCUUUCUCUCUUUCCUUGGAGGCUUUUAAGCAGAAUUUGGAUGGCCACCUGUCAUUUAUUAUCUACAUUGCAGGGGGUUGGACUAGAUGACCCUCACAGUCCCUUUCAAUUCUACAAUUCUGUGAUUAGGAGGUUUGAGAACCUUUAGCCUUCUGCAGUCUUUGUAGCAUUAGAAACUCCUGAAGUGAUUAUUCUUUGGUUUUACCACCCAGAGCAGUUAGGGUGUCAGAUAAUAUUGUGGGCUAUUUUGAAUCGGGCUGCAUUGAAAUCUGUGAACCACCCUGAGAUCGUAUGAUGAAGGGAAAUAUAUAAUAUAUACAAAUAAAUAAAUAACCUUGUUGUUAUUUUCUGAAGUGUGACAGAAUUGUCCAGAGAAACUGACAAUCCCACUAGAGGGGGUCUUAACCUGGAGGAGUUCCCUCCUCUUCCAUCUUGGAGAUGUGUACUUUUGUUCCAACAGAAGCUAAUGCAGAACAGAUUUUAACACUGUGGCUAAUUCAUUUCAAUUGAGCCUGUGUUGGCAAUUAUGAAAUAGGCUAGACAUUGGCAAGAACUUAAGAAGUAAUUAUAGACUUUCCAAAUCUGCAGAGUAUAAAUAAUUACAGGUUUAAAAGUGUUAUUGCGAGCCUCAGUUAAUACCAUUUUUUCUUUAUCUUGGUUCUUUUGAAGAUGUAAAAUGUAAAUUCUUACUGGGCCAUUGGAGAUGCUUGGGAUUUAGAAAAUGCUGCCUCUUCUGGACUCUGUUGAUAUAGGGCGGGGAUGUCCAACAGGUCAAUCGCAAUCUACUGGUAGAUCCCCACAAGGUUUUGGUAGAUCAUGGUCGAUCCCUGGCUCCCUUUCCUUCGCAUCGCUAAAACUUACUCCUGCCCCGCCCCCUUGCCCCACCCUCUAUUCUUGUAUGAUCUCUGGAAGGGAAGACGGAGCUUUCGUUUUUUUACCCCCCCCCCCAAAAAAAAACCAGGGCUUUCCCCCUCCCUAAAAAUGCUCAACAACUUUGAGCUGAACCCCCCAGUAGAUCACUGCCAGUUUUUAAUUCUGAAAGUAGAUCACAGUCUCUUGAGAACUGGCCACCCCUGCUAUAGGGCAAAAGGUGCCAGGUACAAUCUGUAGCACCUCCAGCAGGACUGAGAAAGAAAUCCUGGAGAGCCACGGCCAGUUAGCACAGAGCAUGGAGUCACCAGAUGUUGUUGGACUACAACUCCCAUCAUCCCCAACCAUUGGCUAAGCUGGCUGGAUCUGAUGGAAGUUGUCGUCUCAACAGUGCCUGGGGACUCAAGGUUGACAGUACUGAGCCAAAUGCAGCUUCCUAUGUUGCUACGGAUGCAGAAUUCUCCUGCACAAACACAAUUGAAUAGCAUUCCAUUCACUACACAUUGUUGUCUCCACUCUUGGCCCAACUAUAUGCAUUAUCAUUCCAGGCACACUUGAGGCCCAGCUUGGUAGACCCCAAAGAUACUGGCCUAGUGGUUGGCCUUCUCAGGUUUCAGAGAUGAAAUGCAAGUUCCUCAGAGAUGAGCAAUAAUGGGAGAUUGCACUGGUUGUUGUUUUCUGUGUUUUACAUGAGAAUCUAAUUAAACCUCUUGUGGUUUUAUCAAGGACAGUGAAACAAAGUGUGCUUAGACCAGAUUUAUGAAUAAUCCCUCACUUCGUUUCCUUGGUAAAUAAGACAAUUCACCAAGGAAACUUUUGUAAAUUGGAGCAGAAUUUGUGUGUGUCAUCUUUCGGGUCAUCGGUGUGUCACAAAUUACCCAUGUGACUUACAUAGGUAUAUGACAAAUUAGAAACUUUGUGGAUUUAUUUGCAAGCCUGACUUGAUGGCCUUACACAAUGGUAUUCAGCACAAUUUUUAAAAAUAAUAAUAAUAAUAAUAAUAAUAAUAAUAUUCAGCAUGAAACUAUUUUAGAUUUUUUUUAAAGUUCAAAUCCAGUAGUAUGAAAAUAGAAGAAAUAAUGCUUUGAUGAGAUCUGUGGACUUCCAGAUUAUCUACAAUCCCCAUCAUCCCUCAGAAUUGGUCAUGCUAACUGGGGUUGACAGGAGUUGGAGACCCUUAGAUUGUCAUGUAUUUUCUGUCUCUACCCCAAUGAAAUGACAAAAUAUUUUUGUGUUCUCUGCAGAUGCUGUCCUGCUACUUUUAUUUUAGUUGCCCGAUCAGCCUUAUGUAAGCCAUGCCGUUCCUUAACGAACCACAUUUUAUUUCCCUCCUUUCAUGUAAGGAGAUUUUGUUCUAAGCUAAAUGUUUUAGCCAUAAAUUUGGCAUCCAGAUUCAUUUGAUAAAUAGUUUUCUAAUGUGAGGGGAUGCAUUUGUGAUCUGCCUGGUUUGAAUACUGGAAUACUACGGUAAUUCCUUCAGUUGAAGUGGUUGGAAGACUACCUUAGUACUGAGCAAUUCAAAUGCAGUUUGGAAAGUUUGGUUUUUUUAACGAAUUCCAUGUUGCUGACAGGAGAGUGAUUAUGACUGAUUCUACGUGUCUGUGUGUGUCUGUCUCUGCGUGUAGGUGUGAUGAGGGGAGAAGGGCAGAAUCUCAAAUUUUCAUUUUUCAUUAUAUUAUUUAUUAAAUUUGCAUACCACCCUUCAUGCAAAGACGGUUCACAGCAUAAAAUACGGAAUAAAAAAAGUACAUAAUAAGAACAAGAAGAAAACAAAACAAUCACCACCCCCACCCCAUCACAUUUAGGACAUAGACUGUUAAUCAGUCAAAGGCCUGGUUGAAGAGGAACAUAGUUCAGUAGGCAAUAACCUGAUGACAAAGUUUAUGUUGCCAUUAGGUCUGAGUGAUGUAUCAAAACAUUGUCCAGGACCAGCAUGAAGGCCAGAAAACGAUGGUGUUUAGUUGAUUUUUGACCCGGCUGUAUAACGUGGGUGGGGUUUGCCAGCCAGCCAGUGCCUUAACUUCCUUCACCUGGUGAGCAGGUGAGCUGCCUUCUCCUCCACCAGCUGGAUGCUGCUGGUGGUGGAACUGGUGGUGGCUUCACCCUGGUGUCUCGUGGCCCAGGGCUGGUGCUCCUUCCUCCUCCCUCCACACGCUGGGUGCCAGGCAGGAACAGCCACCGCUUCAGCCCAGUGCCUCACACAGGUGUGGGGCAGUCUUUGAUGUGAGCCGGAACUCCUCAUUUGUGUGUGGGUUGCCAUGUGGCAUCCUGGCUGAUGCGCUCUGCCUGGGGCAGUGUUGCCUGCCCAGCGUUGUGAUCUCCUCUCCCUCGAUGCUCCCCAAGUGUGGGGCCGCUACUAGGGUUAGCCAAUGUAUCUUGGUUCCUUCUCCCCACCUUAUUUCAUUCUCCAUAUUUCAUACAUUGAUAUCACCCAGCCCUAGUUGCCAUCUCCACCUGUGCUCUUUUUACUUCAACAUCUCUUGACUUCAGGAUGUGAGAGUGCCAUUGAGUCUUGAAUCUGGGAUGGAUAGCAUCUCUUUGUAGGUUGGAGGAACUGGACCUGGUAUUCUUGAUUUAUUGGCUCAGGCGCUUCGUAAGCUCUCUGACAAACAUUAGCAGUUGUUACCUCUCUCUGUUCACAGCCAAAUACAUGCCUUCUCCAUGAGGAACUGAUUGAAACCACAAGCCAUUGACCCUAAGCUCUUGACCAGAUAUAAAGUGUAAUAGGGAAUUUCCCUGUUAGCUGUAAAGUAUGACAGGUGGGUGGGGAGCAAUCAUUCUUCCUUUGUUGCAUAAGACAGACAAAACUAUUUCUUACCUCUGAUGUGUUAGCUAAUGUAAAGACAUAUUUGUUCCCACAGAAAAAUUCAAAUUGGGAUUUCCCAUUUGUUUGAGCGCGGUGCCAUACUGGCAAAGAUGUUGAUUGUCAAUGUGAAGUGUUGAUGCAUCUUUAACUGGGGUGUGCCUUGAGUUGUGUAACUGGCAGUUUGUGACGUGUGUGUGCACACAUAUAAUUACUUAUGCAUGUACCUGGCACAUUUUUCAUUUUUCUGAAUGUCUUGGAGAGGGUGAAUGUGAAAUAGGCAGGAAGAAACUGCACUGAUAACUUAAUGGCAUGUUUGGCACAGCGCAAUUAGAUCUGGUGUUGAGCUCUGUAAGGCAAAUAAUGCAUCCAGGACUCAAGACACUGAGUGCCAGUUCUUUCUAUGGGAUAUUCAUGCCUGUCCUAUCCAGUGUGAGGGAGUUUAAAUCUGCAGAGUUAGGCACAUGACUGUGUUUAGUACAUGUACCCAUGGGUGUAGCCAAGACUUUUGUAAAACAAAAAAGAAGUAUAAAAACAAUUAAAAGGUUUCAUAUAUAUACAGUGGUACCUCGGGUUAAGUACUUAAUUUGUUCUGGAGGUCCGUUCUUAACCUGAAACUGUUCUUAACCUGAAGCACCACUUUAGCUAAUGGGGCCUCCCACUGCUGCUGUGCCGCCGGAGCAUGAUUUCUGUUCUCACCCUGAAGCAAAGUUCUUAACCUGAAGCACUAUUUCUGGGUUAGCGGAAUCUGUAACCUGAACCGUAUGUAACCUGAAGCGUAUGUAACCCAAGGUACCACUGUAUACAAUAUAUGCAACUGGAGGGGAUUCCAUAGGGUAGUUGUCACCAGACUAACGACCCAUUUCCUAUUUCGGAUGCAGCUGACCUCUCUGGUUAGAUGGUGACUGCAAGAGGCCCUCACCCACAGAGUGCACUGAUCGAUUGCAUAUAUUCUUCCUAAUGAUGUCUAUAAAAAGUUGAUUCUUCGAGAGCUAACUUUUUGCUCCGUGCUAAAGGCAUUAUAAUGUUUGUGACAGCAAUUUUGUGUGUGUGUGAUACAUAUUUAUUAGUAUAAUUGGGUGGCAUGUCAAAGCUAUCAUUUCUGGUGGUAGACCUUUUCAGUCUACUGAUUUUUUGAUAAAUAAUGUUCAGUUGUUACUCAACAGAAGGGGGUCCAGAUCCCUACUCCAAGGUGGUGGUGCUGUUGUGUGUCUGUGCCGUGAUCAGAGUUCAGUUUGCUCUCUGUUGCAGUAGCUCAUGGGAUCUUACCAUUGAUCUGUGCAAUCAGUUGUAACAGAGAAUUCAUGCAAAGCACUAAAAUGAGUAUUAAUAAUAGGGAAAAGCAUUGAUUGGGAAAAUGAAAAAAAGACCGGGGGAAGAGGAAAGAGCCAGGAAUACAGAAUGUGAGACGGGACUCAUUCUGAGCUAGUGUGUCAGGGGAGUUGUGAUUGUUUUGAGAAGUAUUGAGGGGGCAGAACUUCCUUAUUUUAAGAGGCAAGACAGCCAAAGUGGAGGAAGGAGAUUUAAAUUGUUCUAAUGCUUUGGGUUUGAAUGUUAGAGGUUGGAGAAGAGGCAAAGGGAAAGGACCCUGAGCCCUGGGAAUAGGUGGGAUUUAGACACCGCGGGUCCCUCUUCAGUUGAGAGACUAUAGAUGGAAAAUUAUUCUUCUGUAAAGGAAACAAAACUUUUCCUAUCGAGUUCUUGCACAUCCAAUUCUAUCUUGUCCAGAGAACCAGGGAUAGUGUAAUUUAUAAAUGCUAAAAUUUUCUCUUUUAAUGAGGAUUUUGAUAGUUGUCCUUAAGUGCAAUCUUCUAUGUCCUUAAAUGCAAAUCUUCUUGCAGCCUGAAGAAGAAGAGCUUAUUUUGCCACACAGGUUGAUCCUUUUAAACUGUGUCUUUGUGGGUUAUUGUUUUUGUUUGUUACUAUUUUUGUGGUUUUGAUAUUGUAAACCAUUCUGUAAGCCUUUGGUGAAGGGUGGUAUAAAAAAUUAAGAAACGAUGAUGAUGAUGAUGAUGAUGAUAAAAUGCUUUCUGCCUGUGGCGUUGGUGGGCCAUGGACCAAACCUUAGGUACCCUGACCACUGACAUGAUGACAUAGCAAGCCACGGUGCCACAAAUAUUGACUCAGUGAAAGCAUGUGGAGUAUCACAAAUCAAAAAUAAUUUUGGCUAGAACAUUUCCCCCACCCACGCCAGUUACAAUGAUUUCUUUCUGCCUUUAGGCGACUAUAAAAUGACUCUGCUUUCUUUCUAAGCCUCUACUCAAUGAAUAUUUACAAGUUACUUGUUGUGUUACUGCUUUUACAUGAGUAGAUUGUGGUUGCAUUAUUCCUUCAGCAAUAAAUAUUCAGCUUCUUGUUUUAAGUAUUAUCCCCCCUCCAGAUUUUAUUAAAUGAUGGCUAGAGGCAAUACAGUUGAGGAAACAAAAGCAAUUCUCGUUGCAAAUGUCUAGUUUGGCCCAUCUCAAAUGGGUUCUACGUACUGUAAAGGGUUUUUUAGCAACGUUAAAUUGGAUUUCAAGGAGUCAGCUGAUUCUAAUAGCCUUUGCGGACAAAUAAAAAAAGUUGAUCUGAUUAUUCUUUCUCUGCUUGGUGAUGGGUUUAUGUAAUCACUAAUCUUGGCACUUCUUUAUCUAAAGCAGAUUACAAGACCACUGUCAGUUUGGAGACAGACUUUAAACAGAUUUAGUUAGUGUUAAAUAAGUUAAAGUUAACUUUAACUUAAUUGAAAAAAGAAAAGUUUAUCAAACAUCUGAAACUCUUGUUGCGGUUACAGUGGCAUUUGUCAAAAAUUUCACAUAUUUAUUUACUUGUUUAAAAUAUUUAUACCUUGCCUCUCAAUCCAAUGAUUCUCAAGGCAGUUUACAAACAAGAGGUAAUAAUACAUAGAACGACAAAAUUGCCAUAAACACACACACACACACACACACAGAGAGAGAGAGAGAGAGAGAGAGAGAGAGAGAGAGCACUCCUUAUUCCUCUGGCUGGUGACUGGGGCCAAAGCAUGCUUGUCUUCAGUUCUACAGUCCUAGCUGCACAUUUUUGCUGAAAGUUUAGAAAUAGAAACAAAAAAUGGACUGUCAGCCAACAAACAAACAAAAAAAACACCCUCCAGAAUUAAGAAAGAGAACUAAUCUAAUGAUGGUAUACUACUGAUGUAAGCAGGUCUGUUAAUCAUGUACAUGCUUCUUGUCACCAACCUGAUUUCUUCCUAGCUGAGGUAGGGGAUCAUUUUCAUCCCAGGGGAUUUGGAUUCCCUUGUGAUCGACCUUCUGAGGAACAAUGGAUACAACUCUUCCCUUCUCAACUGCCAGCACAUUCUAGCCAUGCCGGAGGCAGAGGUUUCCAAACACACACCCAACGCUCCUCUCCACUCAGGCAAGGAAGAGAGGCAGGACACCUUUGGCCCAGGCAAGAGCGCUUGAGGAAGGUGUGGAGCAGAGCUGGUGGGGGCCGGGGCCUGGGGGGGCUCCAAGGGGCAGGCAGAGGAGCCUUGAGGGCUCCCCACUCCCAGCUUGUAUUGUUACCAUUCACUCAAGCGAGGCUGGGUCUAUCUCUGGCAGGAUCUGCCUUCCUGCCCUGCUUGUGGGCUUGCUAGAGGAUGCUGGGCAAAAUGGGCCUUCCAUCUGGCCCAGCAGUGCUCUGUUUAUGUUCUCAUAACACACAAGAGCUGCCCAAAAUUAGUUCCAAUAUUUUACAACACCUAGCAACUGUUCUGGACAGGGCAGUUUCAUUUGGCCAUCAUGGCUAAGAGACACGGAUGGGCCUAGGCUCCCAGAAUGUGUUUGGCAAUGCUUUUCUGUCCAUUGAUCACUUCAUAGAAGGAAAUUCUUUUUUCUUUUCAUUUUUAUAUCUUAUUUUAUUUUUUCACAUUGUACAUAAACUACAUAACUCGCAACACAUCAACCAUUUUGCUUUGAAAUAUCAAAUCAUAUUCACAGACUUCAGUCCAAAAAAUCUUUCCACAUAUUGCAAUGAGAUUUUGGGGGGUUAUAAACACAAUCCUCUUGACGCCUACGGUCCAAAAACAAGUGCCAUGCUUUGUAAAAAAGAAGAAGAUGGGGGUUGGGGUUCCCUUGGGUUUUUCGAAUCUGGCACAUCAGCGUUUCAGCCAAGUCUCUCGUCCAUUUCCUGGAAUACCAGGCUUCUGUGUUCAAUCCCAAGGCAGUAUGCCAUUGUGGGGCUAUUUCUCCAGAAGGAAGUUCAAUUGGUUGUAGGACUCAAGCCUAGGAUUUAGGUCAGAGGUGGCGAACUUGCGGCCCUGAUCCAGCCUGCCAACGCGCUGCAGAUGACCCCUCUUCUUUUACAGUGCUGAGCUGAGAGGCUUAAACCCCUCUUGCAGUCCAGAACUGUGAUCAAGAGGAGUGUGGUGUGUAUCCCUGAAUGUGUGUGUGAUCCUAAAUGGGGGUUUAUGUGCGCUCGAUUUUGGGUGUGUGAUCACAUGCGAAUGGCAUGCAGCUGUGGGGGCGGGGGGGGGGAGGAUGACCACACUUGAAUGUGGUUCUUGAACUAAAGAAAUGUUAUUCUUCCCCGAUGUAAGCUGUGUUCUGGGUUGAACAUUUCCCUGCUAUGACUUGCAUCUCACUUCUAUUAGAGCACUUCAUUUUCUCAUAUAAUAAUAAUAAUUUAUCAUUUAUAAUAAUAAAUUCCCAGCCACUAAGGGUGGCUUCCAACAAAAUAUUAAAAUACAAUAGACCAUUAAACAUUAAAAGCUUCCCUAAUACCCAAAGCUUUCUAAUUUGGGGGGCUGAUAUUUGUCUGUUUUGUUUGUUUGUGCUAGAGAGCAACCAUUUAUUACAAGUUCAAGAUUUUUACAACUUGAUUCCCCACCCCCACUUACAGUUUGUCCAAGUAAAAACAUCAUCUUGGCUUCUUUUAGUUAGAUGUUCCCAACAGUUUUAAUGGUACAAGCUUAACUUUACAAGCUAUAAAUUGCAACUAAUUCAGAACUGAAGAGAAAAAAAAUCCUCUUUAAUAGUUUUGCUGUUGUAGGAAAAGUGGCAUUGCAGGCAGUUGAGGGUACAGAAGAGUUACUUUUGCAUUUGAAAGAAGUAGAGAUUGAAAAAUGAUGGGCACUUUCACUUAGUCAAACCUUUAUGACAUUACCAGCCCCAGGCUUUUCAACAUUAUGGGAAAUCAAUGUUAAAAAUAAUUAUUUUGGUUUUGUUUUAACUGCAUUCAUAUUUUAGAGUUCAUGUUUUCAGGAAUUCUCCAAAGCCUUAAGGCACUUCUUUCUUUUCAACUGUAAUAUGAAAUUCUUGCUUGAAAAGUUUUCGAAUUCAUAGCUUUAAGUAAUUGAGGAAUGAUUCACUGGAAUGUUUUAGAACAGUGUGUGGCAAAGUUAUUGGGCAGGGACGCUGGUGUGGCUCUGUCGGAACUGGCUCUUAGGGGGAAGUGAGAGUGGGGGGAAGUGAGGCAGAGGGAGGAGAAAAGCUAAAGAAAGUGGGGUCUUAGCCAGAAUUGGAUGGUGGAUGCACAUCAUAAAUCCCUCCUGACAUCCACCUGGUUGUCAUUGAAGACCAGGCAUAGGCAAUCUUGGCCCUCCAGAUGUUUUGGGACUACAACUCCCAUCAUUCCUGACCACUGGUCCUGUUAGCUAGGGAUGAUGGGAGUUGUAGUCCCAAAACAUCUGGAGGGCCAAGUUUGCCUAUGCCUGUUGAACACCCACAACAGACAGAAGUUCCUACACUUGUGGUGUGGGCCUUUGGGGCAGCCAGGGCCAAGUAUCAGGCUCAACGAAUUUGAAUCAGGAGCCUCUUCUGUGCGAUGGUUCCUCUUGUGGUGGGCUAUUCAAGACUGGAGAGCGGGGUAAAGAGCCAGUAUGGACUGCCCUGGUUCCAGCCUGGCUGAGAAUGCUUCCAAGCUAGGGUUAGGUCUUUGCCAGACCCCAUCAUGUCUGAAUGGCGCUCUGGUUUUGUCUUCAGUAGCUGCUUACCUACCUGCUGUACUUCCAGUCUGACACACAAUCUGGUUUCUUAUGCCUGUCUUUUGCCUGGAUCAGUCUCUUAAGCCUCAAACCCUUGACUGCCAUCAAUGCUCCUAAGGCCUUCAGUGCAGUGUCCCCCCCCCCCACUUCUGCCUGGGCUAGAACCUUCUGUCUUUAUUUGCUCUUUACUUACAGUCCAGCUCUGACAAUAGGAAACCCAAGUGGUUGCCUUUGGGGCAGCAUUUGAUUUUGGAAUUGUGUAUUCCAGAAUCUCUUGCCAAGUCACAGGUGUUGAGGUGCACCUUUGGAGUUACAUAAUGAGUCAACAUGAAGCAGCAGAAGGUUGAGCCAGACCUGUGAAUUACCCUUGCUCUUAAAUGUGUGAUGCCCAGGACCUGAAGUGUUGCUGCCCAAAGCUUCAUAUCCGCUAGGCUUUGGCACUUUGGAAACAAGGCUAAAAAGGCCCUUUUUGCAAAAGAAAAAGGGGGGGAUGACUGAUGGGUGGUGUAAAAUCUAGAAAUUGCUGUGGUCUUACUGCUAUUAGGCAGUGAAGGUCCAUAAGGACCAAGCACCACUUAAAACCUAAGAACUGGACAUUGAUUUAAGUUUUCUUCUUCUUCUUAGCCAACUCUGUUGACUGCAGUGACACCUAAUGGUCAUGGACAGAAUUUCCUCCGAUCUUUCCUGUCAUUCUGAUUCAACGGGUAUUUCUGUAGCUUUUUCAAUUGAUUUUCUUGACAAUGUAAGAUUGUUAUCACUGAGUUAGUACAUACCUAGUUCAUCCUCUGAAUAAGCUGCCUGACACUUGCAUUAGUUCUAGAAAGAUUGGAUCUAGUCUCCAGUAAUAUCAGAGAUGGGAUGUGUUGCGGUUCUUACAACCCCGGGCACCAAAAAGCUACUUGUGGACAGAAGGCUGCUUUUGAGCUUCUGCCAGUAAGAAUUAGAGGUGGGUGUGUGUGUUUUGAGGGCAGUGAUUUCCUGACUUUUGAUACAAGAACUAGGAGUUGUUGUUUUUUAGAAAGACUGAGCCUCCCCCAGAGGAAAGUGGCAUUACUUGUGGUCUCACACUGAGCUUCCCAGGCAUUCUAACCGCCCUUGAAGUUCAGUACCACUACAGAUAAAAGUCUGGCUGAACAGGAGGGCCCAGCCUUGUUGUCUAUAACCAGGUGCUGCCUUUGCAGAUAGGAGCAAACCCACCAGCACCUACAGUGUGUGCCAGCAAACGUGACAUUCCCAGAAGGGAAGAGAGUCUUGCAAGUCAGUGUGCUCCACCUCAUCUUUCCAACUUGGUGGGCAGGGGAACUUGCUGGGACAUCCUUGUCACUUCUGUGUGGUUCUGAACUUCUUGCCCUGUUCCUGAAUUGCAACUCCUGAGCACCACGUCUGCUGCCGAGUCUGUACCAUUACUUGUCUGAAUAAAGAUCUCUUUCUUGGUUUCAAGUAAGAGCUUUUGUCUGUGUGUUUUGGAUAGGAGCCAGGACAGCAGUUUGGGAAUUACUAUCCUAUGGGGAGAAAUACAGGGCAGACUAGAUACAACUAGUGUCAUCUGUAUCAUAGCAGCCUUAAUGGCAGCUCCACAUAAUGAAUUGUGCAAUAGGAUAGAUUUUUGUGUAUAUAGCUGUGAUGACACCUGAUCACAAGUCACUUUCCUCACAAAGGUCACUCUAGACUACCUGUUUGUUGAGCCUUUGAAUGUUGCUUGAAUGGCUGUUCCCCUAGGUGUUCAUACGCUCUGGGAUCCUUGUCCUGCUGACUUAGCAAAAGCCCUGCAGUAAGACUGGUUGUUUAGAUGGGCCAUGCCAUCCUUUGUUAAGGAAUGCUGUGAAAAAGCGUAUGUAUGGCACUCCAUGCACUACACCCAGAGGCCUAAGUAAGAGUAGAGCUGCCCUUGUAAAAGUGGAAGCAAAUGUUUUAAAAAAGCAGAAAAUAAACAACUAAUCACUGCUCCUUUUUAACCCAUUCUGGUAUCAUUGACAGUGUUAAAGAAUUAUCAUAACCAGCUAUCAUGAGGGGCAGGGGGAGGUCUUAAUGGUGCUGUGAUGAGUGUUGAUCUAACUCUCUCAAUACAUUUUACAUUGAAAUACAUUUAUACAUAUUUGCAACAUUCCUCUCUGCAUGUGUGAAUGGGAAAUGAACAAAAAACACAGCUGUUCUUGUGUAUGUUUGCGAUUGGUACCUUACCAUUUCAAGAGUUGCAUGAACGUGCUAUUUUCCCUGCAUAAUUCUUCACACACUUGUUUUGUGAAAGUUUUUUGAGCACAAAAAGCAUAUGCUCCCAGUUUCUGAAAGUUUCUGUGCUACCUGCAAUGUUGAAGAAUUUGGAGCAAAUGAUUCAGCAAAGGAAACACAGCCCAGAAUAUCUAAGGAGAUAGUACAAGAAUACUUGGCUAGUUUAGAUGUAUUCAAGUCUCCAGGGCCAGAUGAACUGCAUCCAAGAGUAUUAAAAGAACUGGCAGAUGUGAUCUCAGAACCACUGGCAGUCAUCUUUGAGAAUUCCUGGAGAACAGGCGAAGUCCCGGCAGACUGGAGGAGGGCAAAUGUUGUCCCUAUUUUCAAAAAGGGAAAAGAGAGGACCCAAAUAAUUACCGCCCAGUCAGUCUGACAUCAAUACCAGGGAAGAUUCUGGAGCAGAUCAUUAAGCAAACAGUCUGUGAGCACCUAGAAAGGAAUGCUGUGAUCACCAAUAGUCAGCAUGGAUUUCUGAAAAUAACUCAUGUCAGACUAACCUGAUCUCAUUUUUUGACAGAAUUACAAGCCUGGUAGAUGAAGGGAACACAGUGGAUGUAGCCUACCUUGAUUUCAGCAAGGCAUUUGACAAGGUGCCCCAUGAUAUUCUUGUAAAGAAGCUGGUAAAAUGUGGUCUUGACUAUGCUACCACUCAGUGGAUUUGUAACUGGCUGACUGACCGAACCCAAAGGGUGCUCAUCAAUGGUUCCUCUUCAUCCUGGAGAAGAGUGACUAGUGGGGUGCCACAGGGUUCUGUCUUGGGCCCGGUCUUAUUCAACAUCUUUAUCAACGACUUGGAUGAUGGACUCAAGGGCAUCCUGAUCAAAUUUGCAGAUGACACCAAACUGGGAGGGGUGGCUAACACCCCAGAGGACAGGAUCACACUUCAAAACGACCUUGACAGAUUAGAGAACUGGGCCAAAACAAACAAGAUGAAUUUUAACAGGGAGAAAUGUAAAGUAUUGCACUUGGGCAAAAAAAUGAGAGGCACAAAUACAAGAUGGGUGACACCUGGCUUGAGAGCAGUACAUGUGAAAAGGAUCUAGGAGUCUUGGUUGACCACAAACUUGACAUGAGCCAAGAGUGUGACGCGGCAGCUAAAAAAGCCAAUGCAAUUCUGGGCUGCAUCAAUAGGAGUAUAGCAUCUAGAUCAAGGGAAGUAAUAGUGCCACUGUAUUCUGCUCUGGUCAGACCUCACCUGGAGUACUGUGUCCAGUUCUGGGCACCACAGUUCAAGAAGGACACUGACAAACUGGAACGUGUCCAGAGGAGGGCAACCAAAAUGGUCAAAGGCCUGGAAACGAUGCCUUAUGAGGAACGGCUAAGGGAGCUGGGCAUGCUUAGCCUGGAGAAGAGGAGGUUAAGGGGUGAUAUGAUAGCCAUGUUCCAAUAUAUAAAAGGAUGUCACAUAGAGGAGGGAGAAAGGUUGUUUUCUGCUGCUCCAGAGAAGCGGACACGGAGCAAUGGAUCCAAACUACAAGAAAGAAGAUUCCACCCAAACAUUAGGAAGAACUUCCUGACAGUAAGAGCUGUUCGACAGUGGAAUUUGCUGCCAAGGAGUGUGGUGGAGUCUCCUUCUUUGGAGGUCUUUAAGCAGAGGCUUGACAACCAUAUGUCAGGAGUGCUCUGAUGGUGUUUCCUGCUUGGCAGGGGGUUGGACUCGAUGGCCCUUGUGGUCUCUUCCAACUCUAUGAUUCUAUGAUUCUAUGAUCUCCUCUUGGGAAUCCUGCUGCGACACACAGAAGAAAGAGCGCCCUCACUUUGGCGCAUGUGUGCCGCCACUGCCAAGGCUUAUUAUUGAUCAAGUACCUCCUGUUGCACCUUCAUGCUGUACAAACAAGUCCCUGCUCAUGGUUUGCAAACUAAUCCCGUCAAAAUAUAACUGUAUACAUGAGGCCUGAGGUUUGAGAUAGCUGAACCUGUACAGACUGGCAGGAGGUCAUUUAUCUGAGAGUGGUUCACAGGGCCAGUCUUCCCUCUUAGGCAGAGCAAGGCAGCUGCCUCAGGCAGCCAAUUUGGGGGCCAUUAAAGUGUGUCAAGUUGUCCAUUAUUCCAGUAAUCAUUUUUUAAUGUAUAUAUUUCAACUUUAAUCUCUUCCGGGCAAGGAUGUGCUUUUUGGUGGGUGGGGUCUUUAUUUUCCUGCAAUGAGCCAGGUAGACUGCCUGCUCAUAUAUCGGCUUGCUUGUUCAUGACUAUCUUUGCAAAGGCUGUUCUCUGGGUCUGUUCAUCCCCCACAUAUAGCAGGUGAAAACAGUGCCUUUUCUGUAGUGGCACCUCAGUUCUGGAAAACUCUCCCCAAAGCAAUGGUUUUUGUUUACUCCACUUAUCUUCUACUCUGCUAAAGCUUCUACCGUUUGGUUUGGUUAUUUAUUUGAUUGUAUGUUGCUGUAUAUGUUUAUAAAAUCUGUUCUAGUGUUUUUAUUAUUGUUUUUAAUAUUUUUUGUAACCUGUCCUGGAAAUCUGGAAAUAAAGGCAGAAUGUAUAUAUUAAAAGAAAUUAUAGUAAUAGUAGAUUGAAGCUGUGGCACAUGAAUAAUAACUUUCUAACUAAAGGAAGAAGGGAUGUAUGUGAACAUUUUGCUCUGGGUACCAGAAUGUCUCGGAGUAGCCCUGAUUGUGCACAUCUAGGAUGUACCUAACAAUGCUUAGCCUUUGCUUCACAUAGCAAUGAAGGCUGGCAGAUAAGGGCUGCUCCCCCCUAUGUGAUGCUGUGUGUACAGUGCUGGAGCUUAAAUUAGAUCUGUCACCCAGUGAGGGACAUCUGACAGUGCAAUCCUAUAGGUGUUUCCUCAAAAGUAAAUCUUACUGAACCUGAUGGAGCUUCCCUACUGAGUCAGACAUGCAGAGGAGUGUGCUGUUAGCUGAUUAAACAUUGGAUUCUAAUUUAUUAAUUGAUGCACUAAAUCUGCACCAAUGUGUGUAUGGGUAGCAAGGGGGGGGGGGGUGACAAAAUAUUUCUAAUGAAAAAAAGCACAAGUGUAAUUAUAUAUAGAAGAGGUGCUUCCUUUUUUCUCUUGCAGUAGAGAUUUCAUCUUUCGAUACUGCUUGCCAUCUGCAAUUUUUAAAAAGUACUUAUUAUUGUGGCUGUUAGGCACCUUGGGUGUUAGAGGCAGAGAGGUGGGGCAUCAGUUGAAAUAAUAAAUAAAUCAUAACUACUUGCCUGAAAAUUAAUUUAGAUUUUUUGCUGCUUUAUCAAUCAGGGCAUUUUCUAGUUGUUUGAUUUUUGAAAACAUUGGUUAUCCCAAACAAUUAAUUGACUAAACAUUGCAGCCCUCCUAGAUAUCCAUAAAUCUGUGUUUGACUAGGAGGCUGUUUGUGUUAUGAACUGCUUGUGCAUUUGUAGCUAGACACCACCACCCCUAACACCCCAACACUUUGUGAACCUGGCAUCUAGGAACUUGUCAAAAUGAUAAUAUUGUUGUAAGCUUCAAAUGAUUUAGGUGAAUAAUACUUAAUCAUCAUGAAUUACUUUAGGGUGCACAGGAGAGCAAAUUAUUUAGGUAAUGGAGCUGAAAAUGCACUGGGAUUAGAAUGUUAUGCAGUCAAAUAAUUCCUUGGUUAAUUCUGCUUCAAUGCAAAUUCUUGUUUGUGCUACUAAAUAUGUAUGAGUGUCAUUGACUAUGUAUAGCUUCAUGUUUAAUCAAUAGAAUUAGAAAGAGCAACAGCAAUGUUUCUGUUGCAAAUGGUAGUCUUUGAUGACGGCUAUUUUUCUAGAAAAAGAGGUGCCGGAACUCACCAUAAAUGCCUCCCUUAUAUUAGCAAUGGCGCUCACCUGAGAGGUGCUGGAACUGUAGCAUUUACCAGUUUAUAUACAGAAUGUGUUUAUGUUAGUGACCAUCCCAGAUUUGAACAAACAUUCCUUAUGAAUAUAUCCCUUCUUAUUUUGGAAGUUUCUUGUGCUACCAGACAAACUGCUUUCCAAAUGACUGUCAGAUUUUUCUCCCGUCUUCUUUAUUUGUGUCACCAUCAGUAUCGCUUCCUUGUGUGACAACUUCUCAUGGUGCUUUCUGGGUCUGGUGGAUGUUCAUGGCAAGUGCUGCUUUUCUUUUGGAGGCAAAUCUUCAAACGAGAGCUGUUAAAAUAUGACAGAUUCUGAAGUUGGUGAUGCGUCUGUAUUGAAGGCUGUCCCAUCUACCAUAUGCAUGAGAUAUUUUGUAUCAGCUGUUAGGACAACAGCUUUUGUUGGCUUAUGUGUUCUGCUACUACCUCCAGUGAAGGUAACAGUGAAAUUGAGAAGGAAGAGAUGGAGGAAGAUUAUGGGGAUGUGCCUGGUCCUAGAACAGCAAGGUUUACUUUGUCUGGGCCUCUUCCAGCGGAGAUCCCUCUGUGGGCCAGAUUGCGAUUUCUGGCAUCUGUCUGCACAGACACAAUUUUUGGUUUCUGCAUCUGCGCAGAUGCAAUUUCCAGCACCGCAAAAGUGAGUCCCCGCGCCGCACUGCGCUGGUUUAGCACAGUGCGUGGGGACACGCUGAGCAGGCGGCUCGGUUCAGGGGCAGCUCGGGGUCUGGUUAAACAACCCCCGUGGGCCGGUUGUGGCCCAUGGGCCUUAGGUUGCCGACCCCUGCUCUAGGACAACGUGAGUAAUGAAGAGAGAGUUUAAAGUAUUUUUAACUUUAUUUUAAGGUUGUCCUCAAGACAAGAUUUGUGUCACCUGAGCUACAUAGUCUUCGCUGCCUGCUGUUGUAGCUGUAGCUCUCCAUUUGUACAUUUUUGAGGGUGGGUUGGUGGGUGGGUCCUGACCCAGUCCUGAGACUGAAUUUGUACAAAGAAUAGCAUGAUGGCUUUGCAUGUCGAUCUAGUUGUGGUCUGAUAUUUGCAAGGCCAGUCCACCCAUGAAGCAAGGUGAUGUGACCGCCCUAGGUGGCAGGAUCCACAGGAACAGCAGAUCUGUCCUUCAGGCAUCACCUGCUGCUGCUGCUGCUGCUGCCGCCACCACUGCCACAAUGAUGGCUGCAACACACUCCUUGGAGGCCAGAGCUGCCACCUCUUGGCAGCAGCCCCCCUCCGCCUCCAAUGCUGCCUCUAUUGCAGCCUCUUGGCGGUUGGUCUCCUCUUACGCCUACGGAGGAAAUUGCAGGGGCUGCCCUUUGAAGUCUGCACCCGCUCAGCAUGAUUCAGAGUGGACCCCUUCCCUGUCGCUCCCAUGACAGCCUUUGGUUUCUACUUCAGCCAUCAGGUAAUGUUCAUUUGAUUUCCUCCACCUUAUUCCCGAUGUAGAUCUUAGUCUCCUCGUCUUCCCUGGCUGGGGGCAGGGGGCGGGGCACACCAUUUUGUGGUUCUCCUCAGGUGUCAAAAUAUCUUGGUCCGGCCCUGGAUAUUUGAUUCCUCAUUCCAGCAUAGCGAUCUUGUGUGGCCAGUGGGUGUUACAUAACAAUCUGCUUAAAGCUUCAAUCUAACCAUAUGAUUAGCUCAAACCGUAAAUAAAAUUCGGUGCAUGCCUGGAGUGUACGAUUAAGUGCUUUCCAGGACAGGAGCCAAGUCUUGCAGCACUUUAUGAGACGCUCUCCUGUUCUAGACUGACUGACUGAGCAAACUUCUGGAGCACCUGCUCAGGGAUAGCUAAGCUCACUUAGCUUGUUGUACACAGAGCGAAAGGGAAAAUAAAAAUUACAAUGCCGUGGAAAGAUAACCCAAAUUCUUCACUGAAAAGAGCUGAAUCCCACAACAUGCUUGAGUGAAUUUAUCUCUCCUUUCUUCUCUUUAAAGUAGUCAUGGGGGGAGAGAGGCAAAGGAUUAGGGCUGGUCAUCAAUGUACCACACCAGGAACUUCCCUUCAACUGCUAUUUGGGCACUGCAGAUUGCUGCCCAUGCACUUUCAUGCUAUCUUCACCUUCAUAAGCUAAGAGUUUGAGCCCAGUACCACAUCCUGUGCUUUUCUGCACUUGUGUGGAUUCCCCCAACCCUACCACAGUUUAACCACUAACUUAAAUGUUUCUGUUGGUGGGUAGUUCUUUUGAAGACUGUUGCUCCUUCAGUCCCCUGGUGCCUUGCUUUUUUUGUCCAGCAGAGAGGCAGAACGAAGUCAGGCACAUGGGACCUGGUUUUGCUUUCUUCUGUCUUUUAUAUCUGGCCACUUUCCCCCUGUAUUUAAGAGAACAGCUCUAUUGUCUAGUGUCUUUCUCUGUUGAAGAAAAAGUAAGGGUUUGCUUGGAGGGUGAGUGGCUGGUGGCAUCUCUCUCCUUGUCAGGAGUAAGCCGUAUACUCCAAGUGGGUCCUUUAGAAUCUGAUGAUUUCCCUUGCAUAAAGACUAAGAAUUCUAGUGUGAGAGUGCCUCUGUAAAUAUAUGUUUAGGGAAAAAAAUCUGUGAAUUGAAAUAAGCCUAUACUCCAACUAGGCAUAUUGGAACUAGGAUUCAGGCUAAUUUUCAUCUAACAUUAUAUUAUCCUUAUUAUUUUACCUAGAAUGAAGCUAUAUUUCUUUCCAAAUAACUUUUAUUGGUUUUCAUGUAAAUAUGAGAACAACAUAGAACUACAGUAACUUGUCCAGUGGUACAUUAAGUUUCAUAUGCAGUACACAGUACACAAGCAAUAUGUUUAUUUAUGCCUUAUCAAUUCAUGUAUCCUCAGUGUAGCUUGGAAAAUGUUACUGUUUCAAUAAUAACAAGCCAAUUUGAUUGAGGUGUGAUUGACUAAGCAGUGGUGCGUUGCAAUCUGUGCUCAUUUCUGGAGGAGCCUGGGUGGGUGGACUUGGGCCCAUUAGCUCUAACUCAGUAAUAGCGAAACAAAGCUGGAAAUUUCUGUCAUUAUCUAUGCCAUGUCCUGUUUUGAACAGACACUGCAUUUCUCACUGUGUCUUGUUUGCAUGCAAAAAAGAUUUGAGCAAGCACUUAUUUGCAUGCAAAAGAUGAAACUGAUAAGUGGAAAAACACCCUAAUUACCCCUUCCUGAUUUUUUUUUAAAAGGAAAAGUAGCAAGCACUUUUACAUUCAUCAGACCAGAAACAUGUAUUUGCAUUCACAAGGCAAAUAGUAGGGGCAGGAACAUCUGGCAUGGGUUUAAUUAGAUGACUUGUGACCCCAGGCUGUUGUGGAGCUGGCCAGGGAAAAGGACACCAGACACCCUUUGGAAGAAACCCUUUGCAGACCACAACACAACUUUAGCAGUAGCAUAGCAGGGCAUGCAGGAAAGGAUUAUUUACUUAUUGUUCCAUUUCACCCAAAUCUCCAAGCAGUGCAAGCAGUGUUCGAAAUUAACCCGUCGCCAGUCACUUUUUGCAGCUCAGAGCUGCCACCUAGUGCCCAAGUCAAGAUUUGCAGUUGCAUGCUUUGUAACUGGCUGGGCAGGAGAAGCUGGGGAUACACUGCAAUGUUGAAAACCUGACAUCAUCCAGUCCUAGUGUGUUGCCUGCUUUCUGAACCCAAGUCUAGCCUUUCUGGGAGAUGAGUUAGCAAAGUCUGUGGUAGUUUUUAACUAAAAGUGGCUGUGAGGUGCUCCAAAAGGAUCUCUCCAAACUGGGUGAAUGAGUAUUAAAAUGGUAAAUCCAGUUCGGUGUUAACAAGUGUAAAGUGAUGCAUGCUGGGGCAAAAUAUCCUGACAUUACAUAUAUGCUAAUGUGGUCUGAGCUGGUGGUGGCUGACCAAGCUUAGGGUCCCAGUGGAUAGCUCAAUUAAGAAGUUAACCCAGGUUGUGGGAAAUGACUGAAAAUAGAACUGGAAAUAUCAUAAAGGCCUUAUAUCAUAAAGGUCUAUGGUGCAGCUGCACUUGGAAUACUGUGUCCAAUUCUUGUCACCACAUCUCUUAAAAGCAGACAUGUCCAACGCGUCAGGCCCGAUCGACGAGUAGAUCCUGCAAUGAAUUCUAGUCGAUCACCACCCACUCUCCACUGGAGACGUUGGGAGGAGCUAUUUUGACGCUGCGCAUGCACCCACCCCUGCCCUGUCAGUGCGCGUCUGCCCACAGUGCACCCAUCCCUGCCCCCUUGGGAGAAGCAGCCAAUGCCUGCCUGCCCACCUUGCCCCCAUCCCUGCCCCCUCAGGAGAAGCAGCCAUCACCCACCCACUCUGCACCCAUCCCUGGGUGGUAGAUCACUGCCAGUUUUUAUAUUGGAUCGUAGAUUACAGCCAACUUCAAGUUGGAUAUGCCUGUCUUAAAGGAUAUUAUAAUGCUGGAUUUUUUUUAAGAAAUGGCAGAGCAUCACCCUAGUUUUUUAAAAUAUUUGUGUGUGCUCCUGCACCAUUUACAGGGAUGUGCUUUCCUUUGCAGAAAUAAAAACAUUAGAACUUAAAAAAUAAUCAUGUUAUGUGGGCAUGAUGGACAGAAUGAGACAAUGUCCUUCACUGGCAGCUCCUCCUCUCACAGAAGCUGUGAUUUUGCAGACUGAAAGGAAAAGGUUCACCCUAGUGAGAGCCAGUGUGGUGUAGUGGUUAGAGUGCCUGUAGGACUAGAAUGUGGGAGACCCGGGUUCAAAGCCUCACUCAGCCAUGAAGUUCACUGGAUAUUACUGUCCUUUACAUGCCUAAAUUUAAGUCCCACUGAGCCCUCUGUAUGACCUGUUUCAGUAUGGCUGGUUUCAACCCUUCAAAUACCACAAAUUGCAAAAAGAACCAAAUAAAUUAUCUAUGCAAAGUUGUUCAGAAACUUAUAAAGAUACAGGUUUUGGCAAAUUACCCCCUGUAAUUUUGUAAAAGAGGAUUGGUUUUCACGUUUGCUAGAAUGAAACUGCAGUCACAUCUCUUCUAGACUGCUUUCCCAUUUGAUUGCUUCUCUGUUUUAAAGAAUUUGUCUUUUGUGCACAGCAUUUAUUCUAUCUUCAGCUAGCUCCCUCAUCUUGUCAUCAUUUGAUUCGUAAUCUUGUAGGGGGGAAACAUGCCUAGACAUAUUGUUGUGGUGACCAUAACUAGGCAGUUACUUUUGCAUCUUAAUUUUUUGCCAAAGAAUGAACGUGCAUAUUUUAAAUGUGUCAGGAAUUGCCUUGCAAUAGAUUACUUUAUACAUCCAUACAAGGAGAGAUGGAGUUCUGUUCAACCUGGCACAUCUCCAUGCCAAGGCAAAAGUGUGGUGGAUCUUUAUCCGAAGGAUGUUGUUUGCAGAUGACACUGCCUUGAAAGCACACUCCGAAGAAGCUCUACAGAGACCCAUCAACUGUUUUGCCCAAGCCUGCAGGGAGUUUGAUCUUACCAGUAGUCUGAUGAAGACCAGGAUGCCACCAGCACCCCACACAUCAGUUUUGAUGAGCACACACUUGAAGUGGUAGACAAUUUUGACUGUCUGGGUUCCACCAUAACCAGCAAUCUUGUCAUCAACACUGAGCUGGACAAGUGUAUUGACAAGGCAGCUAUGGCAAUGGCUUGCCUCACCAAAAGGGUAUGGGCGAAUGUGAUGCUAAUGUCCAAAACCAAGAUGAAGGUCUACCAGACUUGCGUGUUAAGCAUGCUGCUUGAUGGAAAUGAGUUGUGGGCAACUUACAACCAACACUUUCCACAUUCACUGCAUCAGGAGGAUUUGGGGUAUCACAUGGCAGGACAGAAUUCCAGGCAAAGAUGUGCUCUCCCAAGCCCACACCCCUAGCAGGUUUGCACUCCUGUCUCAGUGACGUCUACUCUGGCUUGGUCAUGUCCACAGAAUGGAAGAUGGCAGGAUCCCCAGGGAGCUGGCUUCUGGCAGCAGGCCAAUUGGCAGACCAACUCUGUGUUACAAAGAUAUCUGCAAAUGUGACAUGAAGGCUGGCAACGUCAAUCCUGCCAUGUGGGAAUCCCUUGCAGAUGAUCUCAGCGCCUGGAGACAGGUAGCCAAGUCCAUGGCAAUGAAUAGAGAAGAAAUGACCGCUGGGAGGAGCACACACACAGAGAAAGGCAUGGUGCAUCUGCAGCAGCACAACUGGAUGCCUUAAUCUGCUUCCGCUGCAACAUAGCAUGUCUCUCUCACGUCAGCCUCUGCCGCCACAGCAGACGCCGCAACCUACCAACAGCUUGACUUCCCCUUUGAAGACGCACUCCUCCGCUAUCUCCCAAGGCAGGCGGGGGCCAGAUGACAACUGGUGUAUGCUGUAUGCAGAAUCUUGCCAUGUGAUGAAAUGCAUUUUUUUUUAAUUUGGCCAAAGCAGAAACUCUUGGGUCCAAUGCCUCUUGGUUUUAAAAUGCUAAAUCUGACGUUGUGAGUUUUUAAGUACUUUCUCAAAUGACCCAUUUUAAUAACCUGAAAGCUAUUAUAUAACAAGUAACCAUAAAUUAGUACAAGGCCCUAGGGGGACCCUCACAGUUCAGCAAUGAAUAGUUAAUGUGGUAGAAUGUUGAGCAGGUUAUUAGUUUUCAUUGUACAAAUGCUGAUCAGGGAAUGCUUUUCUAAGGUGUUUAAAAGAAAAUAUAAUUAACUGGUUGUGUGCUUUUGUUGCAGCUCAAAUUGAAAUUAUUCCAUGCAAGAUCUGUGGAGACAAAUCAUCAGGAAUCCAUUAUGGUGUCAUUACCUGUGAGGGCUGUAAGGUAAGCUUUAUAUAUAUUUAAAAAGUUAUAUACGAGAGUCAAAAAAAUGUGUUCAAUCUUUGACUUGGAAACGUGUCUUUUUGCAAGAUUACAUGUUUGCUAGUUGACACUAAUUAUCAAUAAAGCAUUGUUGUGUUUUUCUCCACUAAAGGACACUUGUCUAAAUUCACAUUGUUCUUAUAGCUUUAAAGACCCAAAUAGGUACCUGUUUAGGAACUUAGGGUCCCUCUAGACUGAUGCUUUCUUGUGGGUGUAUUCUGUAGCAUAUUCUUGUCAAAAUAAUAGUCCACUAGUGGUGGAUUUGUUCUCUUUGUUCUGUGAUGCUUCCCCACUGCUACCACAGCAUUGCUGUCUGGAGGGCCUAAAUUACAACAAAACCAGGACAAAAAAAUGAAUUGGAUUUCGGCAGGAAGUUAUCGGAUAGUCACUGAUUGGAAAUUAGGUGGUGUGACUGCCCCAGCACUUAUGUGGGCACAAACAGUAUUGAAAGUGGUGUCAUCAGGAAAGGUUUGGCUUCUUGGAUCAUGGUCUCUUGUUUCCUUGAGGAAGGACUUCUGGCAAAAGAUGGGCUGCACCUCACGGCAAGAAUGGCAAGAAUGUGUUUGCCAAGAGUCUUGAGAAUCUGAUCAGGAGAGCUUUACACUAGAUCUUGAGGGGGAGGGAGACAACAUUACAGAUGACAGAAGAGCACCUGGUAUGGGGGAUAACUUCAUUGAUGCACAGGAAACUGAGGUGGUGCUCCAGAAACCUACUAAAGGGCAGGAAACUACAAGAGGGAAGCAGCUGGAGGGAACAACUCAUGGUUUCAGUUGUCUCUACACAAAUGCACAAGAUAUGGGAAACAAGGAAGAUGAGUUGGAGCUUUUAAUACAGGAUGGCAAAUAUGACCUGGUAGGCAGUACUGAAACCUGGUGGGAUGAGACUCAUGACUGAAAUGUAGAAAUUGACAGGUAUAAGUGUUUCAAAAGGAAUAGACCAAAUAGAUAGGGAGAAGUAGCAUUAUAUGUAAAAUAUGUGUACACUUGUGAAGAAAUCCAUGGCCUGGAGCAUAGAAAGCAGAUUGACCAUCAAGUCAGACUGAGGUCUUGGAUGAUGCCUUCCUAGAGCAGAUUACCAAAUAUUCAAAAAUGAGAGAGGAAGUCUUCAAUUUCCCCAAUAUCUGCUGGAAUACAAACUCUGCUAGGAUCUAGGGGUCUUGGUGGCCCACAAGCUGAACGUGUCCACAGUGUGAUGCAGCAGCAAAAAAGCUAACACUAUUCAAGGCUACAUCAACAGAAGUAGAGUGUCCAGAUCAAGGGAAGUAAUAGUACCACUCUAUUCUGCCCUGGUCAGACCACUCCUGGAAUACCAUGUCCAAUUCUAGGCCCCACUAUUUAGCAAGCGUGUUGACAAGCUGGAACAUGUGCAGAAGAAGGCAACCAAGAUGAUCAAGGGUCUGGAAACUAGGCCUUAUGAGGAGCAUUUGAAGGGGCUGGGUAUGUUUAGCCUGGAAAAGUGGAGAUAUGAUAGCCAUCUUCAAAUAUCUCAAAGGCUGCCACGUGGAAGAUGGAGCAGGCUUGUUUUCUCCUACUCUGGAGGGUAGCACUUGAACCCACCACUUCAAGAAAGGAGAUUCUGACUGAACAUCAGGAAGAACUUUCUGACAGUAAGAGCUGUUUGGCAGUGGAGCGCUCUCCCUUUUGAGGUGGUGGAUUCUCCUUCCUUGGAGGUUUUUAAGCAGAGGUUGAAUAGCCAUCGCCUGCAUUGAGGGGGUUGGACUAAGGACCCGGGGCAUCCCUUCCAGUUCUAUGAUUCUAUCAUUCUAUGAAAUCAGAAUUGUAUAUGGCCGCCUCAACAGCAUCACAAUGAGCACAGACGAUUAUGAAUAUGCAAUAAAAAGGAUGUAUGGAGAGGCCCUUAUAUAGCCUCUCUUUUAACCUAAACUGGGUCUCAAAAUUCUAACUCCUUUCAGGGGGCUUCACUGGCUCAUGUUCUCCUACAGUGUUGUGAUUUUUCCAUCUUGUGCUCUCUCCAGGGAGAGAUUUCAGUAAAAUUUGGCCCUCUGAGUUUCGCUUCCUAAAAACUAUGCAAACAGUACUGACCAUUACUGUAUUUCUUCCUUUAUAAAAAGGAUAUGGAGAGCACAGAGCCAAAUACAAAUUCAGAAGCUUUCCUAUGAACAUUCCUCCCCCCUCUCCUGCUUUUACUACUAUUAAGCCUUUGCACAGAAGCAAAACUCUCAGUUGAAGUCUAUGCAGGACCCGUUUUAAGUACUAUUGUACGUAUCUACAAUUUAUAUCUUAGGAAGAAAAAAUGCACGCACAUAAGGGAGCUUUAAGAAUAAAUAGGGGGCACGCUCCUCCCCUUUGCUCCAGACAGGUUUCUGGUAAUCUAGGUCUGGAACCGCUUUCAAGAAGGCACGCAACCCUGCAGUUUUGGUCUGUUUGGUAAAAAACAUGGGUACAAUAUUUACUAGUACCUCCUCAGACAAUGCUCUCCAAUACAAAAGAGGAUCCUAAAUGUGUUUGAGACCUGGGUACUUGAAAGUCUGUGAAACUUGUUUUCUCCCACUGUGGAGGGCAGGACUUGAACUAAUGGAUUCAAGUUACAGGAAAGAAGAACUUUCUGACCGCAAGAGCUGUUUGACAGUGAAACGGACUCCUUCGGAAGGCUGUGAGCUCUCCUUCAUUGGAGGUUUUUAAGCAGAGGCAUUGCAGGGAGUUUGACUAGAUGACCCUUGGGGUCCCUUCCAACUCUACAAUUCUAUGAUUAUAUUCUAUGAAUAUGCCCCAAAAGCAAGAUCUAGGGUGGAGAUCCUUCUCAGGGCACCUCCACAUUCCCAGGGACCUUCAGUGGUGGUCUUGGUUAUGGAAUAUCUUCUUCAGGCUUGUUUGGCUGACACUUUCAUGACCAGUGGAGAGCAGUUCAAUCAUAUUCCUAAGUCCACAUAGCCUUCACUUUCCACAAUCCAUCUCAUAUUCCUGCAAUAAAUAAAGAUUUAUUGAAGCCAUUCUGCUUCCCAAAGUGAUACGAGUUAAUUGCUAUUCUAACAGAAAUAACCAUGGGAAAAUAAUUUUUGAAUUCGCAGGUUUCUUCUUUGACAAAUUUGCUCAAAAUGUGUAAAGACCUUCAGUACUUUUGUUGCUCCGUGUAGUACUUUUAAAAAAAACUCUCAAUCAAUCAAGAUCCUUUAUUAGGCAUAGCAAACCACACAUUAUCAAACAGACACCGUAUACAAAUUGUGCAAAAUGCAAACUCAACAUAACAAAGUUUGUCCCAGUCAUAUCUUUGACUUAAAAAAAUAAAAUAAAAUACUUUAUUACUACUUGUACGGCCAUCCUUCAACACACAUUCCUUGGACAGCUUACAAAAUGAGAUGAAAUACAUUAUUCAAAUGCAUGAUUACAAUUAAAAACACCAAAAAUACACAUUAAAUAUAUAUUUUCCAGCAGAGGCGAAUAAAAUAAAUUUGCAGCUCAGUUUACAAAAUUAACUGCAGCUUACACAAUGAGAACCCAGAUUUUGUUUGUUUAAAGUGUUGUACAUCCUCCUGUCUGAUUCUGUUCUGCUGCUUUUGGUGCGUUCCUGUGCAAAUUUUUAGGCAUUAUAGCAGGGAAAAGUUCUUCUGCCAACGGACGGUAAGCUUCACAGUUUCCGCCACUUCCAGACUGCCGCUGCCUUUAUCUGAUCAGUGGAAGGCUUGUUUUAAUGCUAAUUGCUGCUGGAUAGGGGGAUUUUCACUGAGAGGGAAGGCUUCAAAUUCCCUGUUGUGCUGCGAUUGCUCUCCCACCUCCACACCUGGUAUUUAAUUGUUUUAAACCAUAACACGGUUGCUGAUCACAUUUAGAACAGUAGCAUAGAGAAGACUGCGCAUGUUGUAGCAGUUUGAUAUUGAGUUAUGCAGUUCCCCCUGUACGGUCAUCUUAGGACAUUGAUGACUUGAAGAUCAGUAAUGCAAUUUUUGCUGAAGAUGCCGAAAUGGACUUUAGAAGUCUGCAUAUAUUUGAAGUCAAUUAAAAUUAAACUGGCAUAUUAAAAUUAAAUCCAGCUAUAAAAGGGCUGCUUAUCUGCUGGAAAGAACUUUUCUUCCUGUUAGACAUGUGUUUUACUCAGCUUAGCAUUUAAAUAUCUGACUAGUAAACUCUUUAACAGACCAGAAGAUGACCAGAAGAUACGCAUGCUGAUCAAGCCACAUCAAAUAAAUUGCAUAUCCUGUACUGCCUCUUAUACAGUUCACCUAGGGACAGAUUUCACUAUUCAUUUCAAAGUUACAAAGUUUUCUAAGUCAGUCAGAUGAUUUCAAAAUGAGAUGAUUUGGGACUGAUGUAGAUCUAGCUACCUAUAGGGCGGCUUUAUGUGCAUGAGCAGCAAGAAGAUUAUGUGCUACUUAUUUUGACCUCAUAAGACUAAAAAUGUUCACUGCCAAGGGUUUAUUUAAAGGUCCAAAUGAUUUGGGGAGCUUUGCCAUUUUAAAUGCAAUUUGCAGCUCUAAAAAUUUAUGUUUAACAAACUCUUGGACUGUCUUUCUGUUUGUGAUUUAUAUUGUGACGGCCAAUAGUAACAAAUAAUAAAAAACUGACUAAUCCCAUUAUUAAUGUACUGUGGAGUUAGGCCCUCUGUCUCUUCCUUGAUUCCUGAUUUCCCAGCAGCUUCGCCACCUGGGCUAGUCUGUUCCCUCACUGCUCUCCUGAAACUUCUUUCUGAACAGGAGUGCCUUGUUAUCACAGCGGUGAUGCUUCCCUGCUCCAGCCUUCCCCUGGCAAGACUUCCACAGACUUUAAUGCUUCCUGUGGUCUAGUGCAUUAUAGAUGUGCAGGAUUGUAUGUGGGGCGUGGGAGUGUAUGCUUGUUAUUCACUAUGUCAAUCACAGCAAGUUUAUCAGGUCCUGGCUACAUAGGUUAGAUCAGUGUUUCCCAAUUAGUGAAUUACUGAGCACCCCCUGUUUUUCAAAAGCCAAGCCAUGGACCCCCUACUUUUGAAAAUUGUGAUAACUCUAUGCACUAGCAUAGCUAGGGGGCAGGGCACCCUGGGCGGCACUUAUCCUGGGGGCAACACACUGGAGCCCAAAGUGAAGCACAAGUCCAAGCACCCCAGAGCCCGGCACACCGCUCCCAAAAGCAGUGCAGCCCAGGGCUGGGCUCUUAGUGUGCUGAGCUCCUGCGCCCCCCCCCCCCCAGCUGCUAGAGGGUGGCCGAGAAGGAUGCAACUGUUACAUGCUGGCCCUGCAGCGCACCUGAGCCACGGCAUCUCUCCUGGGGGUGAUAUAGUGGCUGGGGCAUCUGCAGGCACCGCGCUGCCCAAAAAAGCAGUUCACCCGCCACCUCCUCAGCCGAGUGAUUGCAGGGGCCAGAGCUGCCAUAUCGUGUCACCUGCUGGAGGGAGGCUGAGGGGGAGGCGGUGAGCAGACACCCUGCAGGCUACGUGCACACUGCCGCUCAGCAGCCCUGCCCCAGCUUGCCCCGUCCCCAUGGGUGGCACGCCCUGCCCCAAGUGCCCCAGCAGCUUGCUACGCUGUUGACUCUAUGGUAGUUACCUCUGCAAAGCAAUUUUUUGAACAAAAUGUGGGGUAGCCCCUAAUAAGCAAAGGAUUUUAGGUAUACUAAAAGCAGACUAGGGCUGAGCAAUACCUCAUUUUCAACAUUGUGAUAUACCAGCACCUAAACAUCGCAAUAUUCCGUUAUAUCACAGUGUCUGAAAUUGGAGAUGAGGUGUGGGAGGUCUAUUGUUUGCAUGGUUUGCACGCAUGCCUGGAAUUUGGUCUAUGGCAACAAUCAUGCCGGGGGAAAAAAUGCUCUUCCAGUUGGGGGUUUCAAUCCCAUGGAUAUUGAUUUGAUGGAUAGUGCUCCACGGGAUAAAGGGGAUUAAGAAUAAGAGAUGCAUAGGCAACCUACUUGGCCCAUCCGCUGCAUGAAACUUUCAGCUGGGCUAUUGCCUACAGAGAUUCAAGUCACAAUAAACCAGCCACUCAGCUGUGCGAGAAGGUGAGAAGAAGAUGGAGCGGUUACUGUCUCUGGUCUGAUCCAGGAAGGCACUUCUUAUGCUCUUAAGUAAGAGCGCGUACUUUGUUUGUUUGGCUAUCUUAACUAUCAAAACAUUAAGAUAUUACUUAAAUGUGCACUCGUUUUGUAAAGGUUAAACUCACAAUAGUGAACCACAAGGCAUUCUUGCAUGUGUGAAGGGGCUCUAACUGACAGCCUAGUCCUAACCCCUGGAUGACUGUAUGCAUACAACCCUUCACAGCCCUUUCACAUAUACAUAUUGAAUGCCUGACAAAAGCUAGGAUACUAGUAAAAAGAGUAAGACCAUUCAAAACUGAAGCAAACUGCUCCAGAAUCACAGCAAUAAACAGUCACUGAUGUUCCACCCACCUGGAAUUAAGGAUUCUGAGUAAAAUACUUAAAAACUAUUUGCUAUAUAAUCCCAAAUUUAUGAGAGCAAGAACCCAGAUUUCUACAGUCAGAAUGUGUGUGUUUUUGAUUUUUGUUUGUUUUAAAAAUAAAUUCAGUGAGUUCAGUUUACAAAAUGCAAAAGAAUGAGAGGGUAUUGGGGGGUGGGGGUGGCCAGGGGAGACCAAUUCUCUGAUUCCUAAUUGGCAAUUACUAGAAUAUUGCAAAGUGUAAUGAUACGUGGAAAUGUGUAAGUGUUAGCAAUAAAUCAUGGUAUUAUGAAUAAAUCUUUGCUGUCACAGACUGGUGUGUAUCCCUUCCAGAGUGUCUGUCAUUAGGAUGCAACAAGGCAGCUGUCAGCUGUUUUCUUGUAAUUAAACAGCCAAUGAGCAGCUAAUUAAGACAUAUGUGUAUACAGAAGUGGGCAUGUUAAUGAACUGUAGGAAUCAAUUCAUUAAAUGAAAAUUGUCAAAAGACAAAAUAUGAGCUUAGUAGUUCAAGUUUCUGGCAGGCUCAGAAACCAGUGGUGAGAGGAGCAUUAACUGCCACUCACAAGACAUGGAUGAACAUUUAUUUAUUUCUUCUUUGAGGAAGGAAACUAAACAGAACACUUCACUGAUGCUAUUAAUAGGUUUUAUGAAAACUCCCAUUAAUGCCAUUAAAUUUAGCUUUUUGUAGAAAUUGUUCAUUCAGACUGACCAGGAAAUGAAAGGCACACUUUGUAAGAUUUAAUCUGUUGGGGGCAUUAUCGGUGUGUAUUUUUUCCAACCUAAACCACUGCUGAUUUGUGUGUCAUUCAUACCAUGUUUUCAGUAUUUAUAGUUGCAUAAACGAAAACACAAUACCCUUAAAUUGGUCAGAUAUUUGUCAGUCCCAAUCAAAUCUAGUUUUGCUCUCAGCUCUGGUAGUGAAAACAGUGUUGUGGCUGUCGCUGGACUUGACCUUCCACAAGUCAGUUCAUUUCUCCCCUGAUCCUCAGCAGUCCGCCACCCCUAAGGCUGGACACACUUAGGAGCCUGUCCUUUAGGCUCAGCGAGCCGUGUCUGAAGGAGGUGUGUGGCCCUCAGGAAAGGGAUCCAGAAGGCCAGUUGUGUUGUGGUAGCUGUGGGCAAGGAGGGGGAAAGCAACUGCUGGAAGUGCAACAGCAGAGAUAAUUCGGUGUGCAACCUAAGGGUUACUUACAGGCAACUAGCCAUGAGUGGGACACGGAGAGAUGUCAGUUAGCAACCAGUCAGUGGCAUGAUCCUGACUGCAGUAACAUGUGCUCUGAUGAGAUGUGUAGUUCUGAGGCAGCUUAUCCUCAGUAUGUUGAGUUGAAUAUGUCUUCCUGCUAUGUAGAAGGCAUGAGGGAAGAGAGACUAAACCUCUGUGUUUCUCCUCAAAUUAUACAGCAUUUUGUUCAGUUUCUGUAGUAAGGACUUCUCUCUGGACUCCAUCUGCAUUAUUUUAAGUGACUUUGCUAACAGCAGCAUGACAGGGAAGAGGAAGAAGCAGUGGUGUCUGUAAGCUUAUCUCUGCUUUGCCUCUUUUAGGUUGCUGCUGUUUGUAUAGUUUCAAAGUCCUACAGAAUCAUUUUGGGGCAAUUGUGUGUAUACAAUGGGAAACAGUGCCUCUUUAAAUCACGUUCAUCUCUUAAAAACUGGGAUUUCUCAUCAAGUACUUGGAGACAUCCAGUUGAGAAAAGAUAUGGGUUCUCCAGCCCUCAUUUGGAUACAGCUGAAAUGCGCUAACAUUUUCUAAUAUUAUUCCUACAUAUUUAUAUAUAAAAUGUAUUUGAAAUAAUUUUUAUUACUGAACUUAUUCAAAUAUAUAAUCAUACAUUGUGAAGUAUUUUAUAUUUUGUAACAAAAUGGAAUGAAAAAUAUACUCUUGAUUAUGGUAGUAUUUUCUCGAUAAGAAUAUAGCUGAAGCAAGGUGUCCUUUCAAUGCAAGUGUCGUGUGCGACCACUUUGGAUUCAGCCAUCGAUAAAUCUUCCUCUUGCAUUUUGUCAUUGUGCUACAGGGCUUUUUCAGGAGGAGUCAGCAAAGUAACGCCACCUAUUCCUGUCCCCGACAGAAGAACUGUCUAAUUGAUCGAACCAGUAGAAAUCGUUGCCAACACUGUCGUUUACAGAAAUGCCUUGCUGUGGGGAUGUCUCGAGAUGGUGAGCUUUACUAGUUCAGGUCAGCUGUCUUGUAUGUGCGACACUCCUUAGCUUUCUGCUUGCUCAUCCCAUUCUUAAAAUAUUUGUCUUGAAAUAUACUGUGCCUCAUAAGUCACUGAAUUUACUUUGGACUGAUGCAGCUGGUGGCUUCCAGGGUUUUGUUUUCUGCUGCUUACACAGUCACACUACACACAGAGUAAAUGCCUGCCUUUGGUGUCACUAGGCCAGCUCUACUUUAAUUUUCUUUCACAUUCCUUAUUCCAUUCAUACAACAUUAUGGGUGUCCUGUAUUUUUCUUCCUCCAACCAAUCUUUAUAUUCCCUCCACCUUCUUCCUCCCCCAUUACUGGUACAGAGACUAUGAAAUCCUGCUGCUAAGAGAUGUCAGUGUCACCAUAGGAAGGGUUAAAUACUCCUCUCUUGGAUGACAGGCCAACAUCAAAGUUAUAACUUCUCUUAAGUAAAAGAAACUCUGCAUUUUGCACCAAGGAAGCCCAAAUAUGGAACAGACUAUUAUGCAAAUUAAAUAUAUUUGCCCCUAUGAUUGAAAUCUAAUCAUGUUCAUUAUUUUUCUUAUUAAAAUUGCCCUUCUGAUGACUGUUUGCCUAAAAGACAUCUCCUUAAAUUCUUCUAUUGCUCAUACAUGCCCUAAGUACCGUAUUUUUUGCUCUAUAAGACGCACCAGACCACAAGAUGUACCUAGUUUUUGGAGGAGGAAAACAAGAAAAAAAAUAUUCUGAUUCUCAGAAGCCAGAACAGCAAGAGGGAUUGCUGCGCAAUGAAAGCAGCAAUCCCUCUUGCUGUUCUGGCUUCUGGGAUAGCUGUGCAGCCUGCAUUCGCUCCAUAAGACGCACACACAUUUCCCCUUACUUUUUAGGAGGGAAAAAGUGAGUCUUAUAGAGCAAAAAAUACGGUAUAUUACACAUGACUUACCUAUUCAAGAGGCUGACCCAAUAGGAUAAUACCUAACUUCUCACCUUCUAAUAUAUGACUUCACCUGUAGGAUCAAGCAAAAGUGUGUUGUAGUGAUGUUGUGAACUGCUUAGUAGCUACCCAAGACUUACAUAUGAUGUGUCCUAACAUAGCAUUUUACUGCUGCAGCUGGUGGUGAUAAAACAUAUUGCUUAUGGAUAUAUUUCAGCUGUAAAGUUUGGUCGAAUGUCAAAAAAGCAGAGGGACAGCUUGUAUGCAGAAGUGCAGAAACACCGGAUGCAGCAACAACAGCGAGAUCACCAACAGCAACCCGGCGAGGCAGAGCCAUUGACGCCAACAUACAAUAUCACUACCAAUGGGCUCACAGAACUGCAUGAUGACCUCAGUAAUUACAUUGAUGGGCAUACCCCUGAAGGUAGCAAAGCAGACUCUGCCGUUAGCAGCUUCUACUUAGACAUACAGCCUUCUCCAGAUCAGUCGGGGCUUGAUAUUAAUGGAAUCAAACCAGAACCGAUAUGCGACUACACACCUGCAUCGGGCUUCUUUCCUUAUUGCUCUUUUACAAAUGGAGAGACUUCUCCUACUGUGUCCAUGGCAGAAUUAGGUAAUAACAAAAGAGGGGGAAAUUUCCAUGUAGUUGCUGUAGUAGCUAUCCUUUGGAUUAAGAACAAUGACUCUGUGGCUUUUCAUCACUGAAACUACAUGUCACCUUUUGUGUUUUGUGUAUGGCUGUAGCUGUGAGGGCUGCUCUUUCUGGAAGUGCAUUGCCCCUUGACUAAGGCAGCACUGAUGGGGCUCAUCAAGUCCAUAAUCUUGGUCUAGGUCUGAAUUCCAAUAAACCAGACUUGCUGUUAGUCAGUCACCUGAGAUGAUUAACAAGUUUUUUUUUAUUGUAUUUAUUAUUUCCAUUCCUAUUCUGCCUUUCCUUCAAGGACUGUCUCAUUUAUCCUUGGCAACCACCCUGUGAGGUAGGCUAGACUGAGAGUGCCCGGCCCAAGUAUAUCCAGUGAACCUAAUGGCUGGAGCGGAGAUUUUAAUCCUGGCCUCUCUUAUCCUUGUUCAACAGUCCAACUGCUAUUCUAGCCCUUUUCAACCUGGGGUCCCUAGAUGUUGUUGGACUGCAACUCCCAUCAUUCGUAGCCAGCAUGGACAGUGAUCAGGGAUGCUAGGUGUUGUAAUUCAGGAACCUCUCGGGAUCCACGGUUGAGAAAGACUGUUCUAUACUAUGCUGGAUCUGGGUCUGGAUCACAGACACCCAUUACAAAGUUUGUGUAAUUUAGCAAGGCUGGUAUAUUGUUUAUCUGCAAGACUAAACAAUGGUAAGUUACAUGAAUUUUGCGCUUGAUUACAGUAUAAUGAUUUCCUCCCCAUAGGUGACCAGAGCAUACAGUAUUUAUUCAUUAAUUUAGUUAAUAAAUAGCCAGCCUCAGUAUAUAGCUGAACAAUGAUGUAAAGCACAUGUUUAAUUGGGAAGUAAUAAUUUUAUAAUGAGGGCUAACUUACCAAGUAACAAAGAGUGUUUUGACACAUUAAAGAAUAAUAAAUUCUUUGCAGCACAUGCUUUCAUGGACUGAAGUCCGUUUUAUCAGAUGCAUGAACUGUGAUAUUCAGGUGGCAUAUACCUGCCAAGAGUGUAAAGCAGAAAAAAAAAAGUUAAAUGGCAAUGAAAUGUAAAACGCUGGUAGCAGAAACAAGCAUCAGCCCAAGACUAUUUGGUGUCUGAUGUGAAAAAUCUAAAUAUUUCUCCUACUAAAAUGAGACGUAACUUACUGUUGUACUCCUGCACAGCUCCUAUUCAUUUACUUGGGCUUGCACAUAAAAACUUUGGAAAGAAUUGCACUCCAGAAGUUUAGAUCUGUCUGUCUGCUACCCUUAAGAGCUCCAGAACUGGCAACUCACCAGGGUAAAUCUGGGUAACUCAAAACUGUGUUUUCUCCAUUUGUGGUGUCAGUUAUCUAGUACGUGCUGAGGACGAGUUAGAUGUGGUUCUCUCUCAAAGUAACAUCUAAAGGAAGUCCACUUUGUCGGGAGUUGUGAAAAGGAUCUGUCAUGUGUGAAAAGAGCCUUAAGAACAACUUGUGCAUGACGAGCAGUGGAGAGUUUACCAACCCAUCCCUCUUUUGUGCUUUUCUUUUUUGGUAUCAAAGUAGCAGUAGCACUCUCCUAUUCUACACUAAAAUGAAAUCUUAUUUCUCAUAUUCUGGGAUGAAAAUAAAAGAAACAGUUAGUGGGCAAGAGAGACCUUAUAUGGAAGUACCUUAUUUACGUGAAUCUAAUGCCCCGGCAAAUCUAAUAUGCACCUCAAUUUUCAAAACCUUGAAACUAAAAAGUAUUUGCUGGCAAAUGUAAAUACGCCAUCAAAUAUAAUGGGCACCCUAAUUUUCGCAACCCUAAUUUUCACAACGUAAUUUGGCCAAAAAAGGUGUGCAUUACAUUCAAGGAAAUAUAGUACAUGUUCUUCGUUAGCCUAUACUUCCAUGUCAUUUUUGAAAUAUAGGAAAAAAACUUUUGAAAAUUACUAAAAGCCCAGUCUAGAAAAACUGAAAGCACUGUGAAUUCCUAUCCAUCCAUAUUACACAGAUGGAUUUUAUCUUCAAGAAAUGAUAGAUCACUGUAUGUUCACAGAUCUUUAUUAAUGAGUGCUUUCCUCAAAAGUGCACUUGUUCAUGUCUAGCAUGUGUAGAAAACUGUGAGGACUUUCUUCAGUAAACAAACAUUGACUUGUUGCAAUGAUAAUUAUAGAGGUUUGUGCCCUCGUUUCAUUAAAUAUUUAGUAAUGUGUCAAAAAGCUUUUUUAUUUACCCAGAAACAGUUGAUAUAAAAGUGCCUUUCCCAGCUCCAUGUUAUGAACAACUCUCAUCAUCCCUGAUCAGGUUGGCUAAUUGGCCCAGACAUCUGGAUGCUAUAUAUAUAUACAUACAUACAUAUAUAUAUAGGCAAAAAAAAAUAGCUGACUCCAGUUAGAAAUCAGAAUUCAAACCUACGUUUUACAUUUCAUAUCAUACAUGAACCCACCUCUUCAAGGUGCCACAAGACUCUUUGGUGUUUCGGCUGCAUAGAAUGACUUCCAAAGAAAAAUUGAAUGAGAUAAUAGCAGAUAGGUGUGAAAAUAUUUAAAGUAUCACAAUAACCCUUUGAGUGAAGUGCUGUUAAUACCACAUACCUUUUGAGCUGAGCAGGGACCAUUACUCAAAACGUAUAGUAGAACACAUAGUUUCUAAUACUGUAAGUUUUGCCUUGGAAUUUCAAGUUAAAAGAGUUUCUAGUAGCUGGUGUUGGGGGGGGGGAAUACUGAGACCUUGGAGGGGCUGCUUUUAGACAAAUGGCCCAAAGUGCUGCCCAUUCAUUGUUUUUCCAUUGUAAGCUAUGAGCAGAAUCGCAGCUGACUUUCCACACUAUUGGGAGUAUUGUGCAUCACAUUAUGUUCUGGCCACUCAAGUGGAGAGAAUAUUGCGGCUGUGAAAAGCGUCACCUGCAGCUCAGCAUACAUUCACUAUAACCUGUGUGGUGGGUGCCAUUUUAUGAGCCUUAAAAAAAACAACUAAACAAUUUCCCAGCUUUUUUAUGAAAGAGAAGGUGCUAAAGCACUACACAUUUCUUUCAUUUUCAGAAAAUAGAGAUGGAGAAGCUUUUGAGUGGUAACCAAAAUAUUUUUUAAAAGAACAAAGGUUUAAAAAUAUGUCAUCCACCGCAAAUGUUAUGAUUAAUUUGUUCAUUUCCCCAUAAAGUCAUUGCCCAUAUAAAUGCCCAUAUAAAAAGGUUGGGAGUGUGGUGCUAGAAAGUAUCUUUACCUGUGGAGCUUCUGCUUCUUCCAGUUCGCUUUUUAAAAAGGCAGACUUUCUGCAGUUUGAGAAAAAACAGGAAAAAAAUAGGGAAAAUACAGGAUGAUGAUUGAAUGAUAGCAUCAUGUGUACGCCCUUAAAACAUCGAGUAAACAAAGCAUGGAAAUUCCAUUCUGAACACUUAGUUGGAACCACCCCAAGGCAGAACUGCCAGUACUGGGUUAGAUAAACCAAUCAUCUGACUCUUGAAUAAGGCAGCUUUCUGUGUUCAUUUGUUGAGGCUGAGAGACUGACUUAGCCAAUAUAAUCUCCUGAGAAUCCAGAUCAAACCUAGUAACCACUCACCUACAGGGAUGAGAAUCAGUGAUAAUUUUAAAAAAAUGGAAAUAAAAGGAAAUGGAAAUGGGUGUUAGAAUCCCAUUUCAACACUGUACAAAUUUAGUGUUGAAAACAUCUAUAAUUUAAUGAUUGGCUAGACAGAACAUGUACAAUGAAAGUCGAGGAUGGCCUUUUUUUUAAAUGCAUGCCACUUCUUGCUCAUUCUGUUUUAGAACAUCUCGCACAGAACAUUUCCAAAUCACACAUGGAAACUUGCCAGUACUUGAGGGAGGAGUUGCAGCAAAUAACAUGGCAAACUUUUCUACAGGAAGAAAUUGAGAACUACCAGAGCAAGGUAUUUAUCUUGGUAAAUAUGCUAAAAUAGCACACAGCGCUUUUUAAAUUGCCCAUUCUGAAACACUUCUUGGACUACAGCAUUUUGUGCAAUCUGCGAAUCAGUUUUAAAUGAUUUUUGUGUUUGUGUGUGUGUGUGUGUGUGUGUGUGUGUGUGUGUAGUGAGUUGUACUGCCUAUUUCCAACAUACCCCCCCUAGUGGUUACUGUUUAGUUUUUUGGGUUCUUAAAAGAUUCAUGCAACACCACAUGUUGUCUGAGCCUCAGGAUAACCAGCAUUGAAAGAAAGGGCCUAUUUGUACACUUCCUCUACCCACCGCAGCAAGAGAUCAAUAACAGGAGAUAGCAUCUAUAGUCCACAAAAGUAUUACCUGAGCUGGUGUGAAGCUGUAAGAGUUUAUUCAGGUGCCACAGUUUGGUAUCACGUGAAUAAGUGUGGAGAAGCCUCUAACUCACAUGCAGCCAGCUCCUCUUUCAUGCAGCCAUUAGCAAUUUCCAAUCCUUAUUUCAUCCGAAUAGGCAGACAAGGAUCAGAAGUUACUAACUGCUAUACAUGAGCCUCCUCCACACUCAUUUACAUAAUGCCCAAACAUGAUUCGACAUUACAUGUAAAUGUACCCCUUUUGGUCACAAACAUCAACUCCCCAAAUAUCUCCACAAUGCUGCUGUCCUUUAACCUCAACUCUGGGUAGAUUUUGAAGUUGUUCCACCUCCCAAAGUAUCUGAAGGUGGGCAAAAAGUUCUCACAGAAUGCUUAUGCUGGUUUGAAGCUAUAUGUUAACCAUUGUCCUCAAUAAAGGGUCUGGUGAGGGACCCGGGUGGCGCUGUGGGUUAAACCACAGAGCCUAGGACUUGCCGAUCAGAAGGUCGGCGGUUCGAAUCCCCGCGACGGGGUGUGCUCCUGUUGUUUGGUCCCUGCUCCUGCCAACCUAGCAGUUCAAAAGCAUGUCAAAGUGCAAGUAGAUAAAUAGGUACCGCUCUGGUGGGAAGGUAAACGGCGUUUAUGUGCGCUGCUCUGGUUUGCCAGAAGUGGCUUAGUCAUGCUGGCCACGUGACCCGGAAGCUGGACGCCGGCUCCCUCGGCCUAUAGAGUGAGAUGAGCGUCACAACCCCAGAGUCGGCCACGACUGGACCUAAUGGUCAGGGGCCCCUUUACUUUUUAUACCUUCAAAGGACUUUGCAAUUCUGCGUUUAUUUCAUCUCUUUCAUAGGCAUAUGAAAGCACUUUAGAAAUGAGCAUCAUUUUUAUAACUAUUUCUGGCUAAAUCAUGGAUAAGUGAAGGUGUGUUUUAUUUUCAAAGUGUAUACACCUCCUUUCAGCAACAACAUGGGGAGAUUCAGGACAGAAGGAAGUGCUUAUUUGCAUAAUGCAUAGUUAAACUGUGGAGUUCGCUACCACAGGAUAUAGUGAUGGCCUGGACAGUUUCAAAGCGGGUUUAAAGAAAUUCAUGGAGGGUGUGGCUAUUAACAGAUACUAAUCACUAUGUCUGUGAGCUGCCUCCGGGAUCAGAGUCUGUAAAUCUCUGAGUACCAAAUGCUGGGUGGCACCAGUGGAAAAGAGCUAUUGGUCCCACGUCAUCUUUGUGGUCUUCCCAUGGGUAUCUGAUUGGUCCCUGCGAACACAGAAUGACAGACUAGCUAGCUUUGACCUGGGUAGCCCCUGAGUAAGUUGAAAACUUACUGUAGUAAUAAUUUUCUUACAAAGUAUUGAUUUGCUGCCCUAGAGAAAAUGCUAUCAGUCUGAUAUGUAUAUUUAUUUUUCCUCAUGCUCGCCUCUAGAGGUUGUGAUUCUUCUUGUGGAUGGAAUACAUUCUCUUGGGCCAUGUCAGAUGUAAACGUGUUUGCCAACCUCUUGCUGCCAGUUUGACUGUAAAGUGGGGCUGGGGGGUGUCUACGUUUAUCACUAAAUGGACUUUCCUUCUUCUUACCACCCCACAUUCCAUUUAGUGAUCAAAGCAAACUCCCCCAUUCUGCUUUAUGGCCAACAUGGUGAGUGCCUGUUUAGCAAAUAUGCACCUGCGUGGUUUGGUCCUUUGCCUUCGUUUACAGCUAUACUUUGGAGCACUGGGCAAAUGGAUCUGAAGCCUAUAUAAUAAUGUUAUAUGAUUAUGGUAGCAGAAGAGAAUGCGCUGACAAAUUUGGAAAGAGGAAAGCAGUAUUCAGUUUCACAUCCUUGUAAAACGUCAUAUGGUUAGCAUUGCUAUUUAAGUUCUGUUGAAGGUUCAAACCCAUAUAGAGUUUAUUUCUAAUUUUGAAUGCUUUGUAUAUUUGCAUAAAUAAUGCAAUAUCACAAGAUCCGUCAUGCCUUAGAUCUAUUACACCUCAAAUGGGGGAGUAAAAAAUAUUUUGCAUCAGAUAUCACUAGAGCACAUUCCCAAAAUGUAAUUUUAGAGACAACCGAUAGUUAUUGGCAAAAGAAACAUUGUUCAGUGGGAUUAAGGAAUAUUUUAUCUCAAAACACUAAUCACACAUGAGAUAUGCUAAUGAUUCAUGAGUUGCAAUAAAUCUGCAGGCAUCCCCCCACUUAUGUGGUGGUUACAUUCUGGGCUCCUGUGUGCAUAAGUGAAAUUGCGUGGAGUGGGGAGCACCCUCUAAAUACUCUAAAUGCCCUUUCUGCAAUCCAUACCAAACAUACGGAUUCCAAAAAUAUUCACAGCUAGAACUGAAGCACUGGGGCCAGCAGGAGGGUGUGUGGGAAUGUGUCUGCUGCUGCGCAACGCUGCACAUCGGCUCCUAGGCAGGGAGGCUGAGCAGCCUAACCAAGCCCAGCUGUGGCUCCAGUGUAUUCAGGCUUUGGGGAGGGUCUCUUCGCAAGCCACGAAGACGCUCCAAUUAUCUCCUGCCAUUUCCGGGUUUGAAUUGAAUUAUUUAAUUAGUUCCUGGUGCUAAGCAAAUACUCAGUUGCACAUGAGUUGAUUGCGCGUAAGUGGGGGGGGGGAACGCCUGUAAAACAUAUUCCACUUACAACUUCUGAUGUUUAAAUAAGAAGCUGAGCAGAGUGUGGAUUUUGCUUCUGUGUUCUACAUUUUGUAGAAUUCUACACAGAACUCUCACUGAAAUGAACAAGAGUUUUACCCAAGCAUCCAAGAUAUGUUUUACUAUUAAAAUGUCAUUCUUAGAGCCUAUUUGUAAACUAAAACAUAAAUUGUAAAUUUUAUGUAAACUAGUCAUUGUUAUUAUUUCUCUGUAGCUCUCGCCUUUAAUAUCUAUAGUCUAGUAUAGCAUUAGAAAAACUGUAGGCAGGCAUAAAACUGCCAUAAGCCCCUUGAAUUGCCAUACCACACGUAUCACAAAUUGAAAUACAAAAUGGGAACACAGCCUGACAUGCAAAUCACAAGGCAAUCACAAGGCAAAUCACAAGGCAAUCAGUUGUACAGAUUAAUGAUUAAUGCUUUGCUUUAAAAAAACAAAACUUAUUCCCUUAAGAAGGUUUAGCAAGUCUGGAAAUAGCACUCUUUUUUGUCUUUAACAGCAGAGGGAGGUAAUGUGGCAAUUGUGUGCCGUGAAAAUAACAGAAGCAAUACAGUACGUGGUGGAGUUUGCCAAACGCAUUGAUGGCUUUAUGGAACUGUGUCAAAAUGAUCAAAUUGUGCUUUUAAAAGCAGGUAUGUGGGUUGGGGGGCAAAACUGAACCCUUUAAAAUAAAUGUCAAGUGCACAUUUUAUUACUUAACAUUGUAAUUCCAUUAUAAAAAGUGUAUUUCACAAAACUGUGGCUCACCUAAACAUGUUUAAUGCUUCGUUCAUUACAUAAUCAUACUGUCAACAAGUUGUACAGUUCAGUCCUGGGCAAUCAUGGGCCAAUGUUGGGCAAUGUAGAAGAUGUCAGAGGAAUAGCUUGUUGCUUGAACAUAAGGCAUGUGCCUUCACAUUUCUUUCAUUAAUAAAGUUAAUUCCAGAAUCACUCUAAGAGAACUAAUACCGCUAAAGUGUUGUUGGUGUUGAUGUUGACAUUAGGCAGGCGCAUUUGAUGUACUCUUUUUGGCACAUGUUUAAAAACAUUUUUAAGGCCAAACUAUUCAGACACAUAUAUGUUACUUUGUUUUAAUAUCUUUUACUGUUAAUUUUAAUUACCGUAUUUUUCGCCCUAUAGGAUGCACUUUUUCCCCUCCAAAAAUGAAGGGGAAAUGUGUGUGCGUCCUAUAGAGCGAAUGCAGGCUUUCACUGAAGCCUGGAGAGCGAGAGGGGUCGGUGCUCCAGGCUUCAGGAAGCUCUCCGCAAGCCUGGGGAGCCCGGCGGGAACUCCUGCGGGCUCCGAAGGCUUGCGGAUAGCUGCCUGCAGCCCGAAGCCCGGGGAGUGCAGCAGCUGGGGGGAAAAUAUUUUUUUUUUCUUUAUUCCCCCCCCCCAAAAAACCUAGGUGAGCCCUAUGGGCCGGUGCGCCCUAUAGGGUGAAAAAUACUGUAAUUUGUAAAUGUUUUAAAUUGUUCUAACAGUUUUUUUUAUUGUUAAUUGUGAUAUUUCUUGUAAAUCGCUUAACAGUAUAAAUUUUUUGUUAAAUAAAUAAAUAUUUUUUAAGAUAACCCAGGCAUUAAACAGAAACAAGAACCCAGUUUUCUAGAGGGGCGCAACUAAAAGAAACCUGGUUUGUGCAGAAAAUUGAAGCAAAAAAGGGGGGGGGACCUUAAAAUGUGACUUCUCUGAACAGACUGCACAAUAAGUGGAACUUUUUUUUUGUCUUGAAGACAAUAUGUUGAAAUGGGUUAGAAAUUCCAUAUUUUCCAACAUAUUUUGUACUUAGAACAAACAUCAUUUUGAGGCUUUGACUCUUAUUUUUGGGUUUCCAGUGCCUCUCCUGUUUUUCUGUUUCUGAAAUAUUUUCUUUUUAAAAUAAAGAUUCGAGGUUCAAACAUGAGCUUGAAUGAAUGAAUGUUUAUUUGCGUCAGCCACUCAAAUAUUUCUGCCAGGACAAGGGCUUUCUCAAAGCUUUCAUUACCUAAUACUGGCCCUGUAAUGUUUUACACUUAUGAGGUCAUACACACAAGCCUUGAGGUCGUACACGCCCCGCUCCAUGUCUAGUGCAGCCAUGAGAGUGGAAGCCUCUGCUUCCCUUUUAGAUUUGCCACAGUUCAGCAUUACACCAAAGCCCAGAGCUGUGAUUAAACUUAAUGACGGUUUGUUGAAACAAGUCAUCUUCUAAAACCAUGCUUUGAAGCUGGCUUGUGUCAACAAAACACAGUAAAAAUUAGCCACAAUUUAUUGUUUGGAUGACAUGACAAGCUGUGGUUAAUCUUUCAUGGAAGCAAAAGGCUUCCAAACUCUUUCUUGGGGCAGCACUGAAGAUACACAAGCAUAAGACUCACUGCAGUUUAUCCUUAUAAUGCUAAAUUAUGGUUUAUUGUUACUUUUGAAUUGGCUCAGUGUGUGAGCCAUAUUCCUCUAUUACCACCUUUGUAUAUUCAAAGUCAUAAAAUUGGCUUAACAGAUAUAAUUUAUUUUCUGUUUUCUGAGGGCACAUAAACCUCAUUUGUGAGCUAGAAAUAUAUUUUAAGAAGAUGUACAGUCUAUUGUUUAUUUAAGAAAGACAUGGAAUAAGAACAGUUGUUUGUGAGCCACUGUGUUUCUUAGUCUCAAUUGUAAAAUUGUUUCUUCUUUGGUUAUAGGGUCUUUAGAGGUUGUAUUUAUCAGAAUGUGCCGUGCCUUUGACUCCCAGAACAACACAGUGUACUUCGAUGGCAAAUAUGCUAGCCCCGAUGUAUUCAAGUCAUUAGGUAAGGAAAUGAAGUAAUUAAUUAGAAAACAUACUUUUAAAAAUAACUAUUUGGUUAAAUUAAUUUCUUAUAAUAAAUGGAUUGUGUGCAAAUCACUUAACAGAUUUUUCAUUAAGGAUAUUUUGGUGAUUUAAAUAAGUUACACCUUCUGUAUUUUUUAAUAAUGUACUUUUUGUCCUUUCAAAAGAUUAAAAACUAAGGGUAGCCUAGACCCAUUUAUACUUUUUUAUUACAGCUUGUUAAUUAUUACUCAACACUUUGGAGUUCAAAGUGGGAAGCUCACUAGGCAUUCUAGAAAACAUGUCAUCUGGACUCUAUAGUGCAAGCUGCAAAAUAAGAGCACAAUAAAUGUUUGCUCCAUUAUUAUUAUACCAAGAGCUAUAUCCUCCAAAGAGAUAAUUCCAAUUAUUUUUCUACCAUUAAUCAAAAAUUAUAUAUAGUUUCCUUAACAGAAAAAAAUAUCAGAUUUGAUUGCAACUGAGUUCCUAUAAUAAGUUCCUUGUUGUUAAGUUCUCACAUGCCUGUAUGGGGCUUCCACGUCAGACACAAGCCCUACCUUUGUAUUUAAAAGAUUCCCAAAGUGAAGCCCUGUUAUUGUUGUAAUCUAAUAAUUACUCAGUUUUGUGUUCAUGCUGGGAAGCAUUUGGAAAUUUAUAUAAUGAGCUUAAAUAUAUCUGGAAGUAACAGCAAGUGGAUGUUGACAGUACAGCAGUGAAGAACUGCCUGGAAUUAUUAACUAAUUAACACUGAGAUUCAAUGACACUUGGAUAUAACAGUGUAGAACAUGGGGAAGGGAGCUGAAGGCACUGCUUACGUUAAUUCUCUUUAGUGCCAUAAGGUACUUUUUCUUUUUCUUUUUCAUUAAUGAAUUCUGGAAGUUUCAUAUUGGGCUGAUUAACCAAGAUUUCAGUCCUGCUUGUGACACCAAGUGUUGUGGUUUUUUAUGGAGAAUAAUGGAGACUGUGAGGAGCCCUUCUGUGAGUUUUAAGACCAAGAAAUACACAAAGUAGUUUCUGUGCUCUUUUGGUGCAAAACUAUGCUGGCCUUUGAAAUAUUGGAACUGCUUAUUAGACACAAUUGGAAAAUGGCUAGUUUUCAUAUAAUUAAGACAUCUCAUUGAUUCAGAUACUUUAGUCAAUUUGAACACACAAGCCUUGUACCCACUUUAAAAUGCAUGUACUCAAUGUGCAAAGAAGUAACAGGAUUAUCAUCUGUCCUGCUCAACUGUUUUAAUAUUACUCCAUGCCUAGAGGCAGCAAUCCCACGGUCUGAGGCAGUAAUGCCUCUGAAUGCCUGUUGCUGGAAACUGCAGUGGGGGAGAGGGAGAGGGCUCAUGUGUUCUGGUCCUGCUUGAGGCAUCUGUGUGGCCACUGUGAGAACAGGAUGCUGCCCACUGACAUCAUACACCAGGCUCUUCUUAUGUUCUUAUAUGUACGUUCAGAGGGCCCAGGGCUGUGUCAUGACUGUGAGGCUACUUAAAUCAGACUGCACAUCCAACACAUGUAGAUGACAUGAGAUUUAGCGUGGACAUGCCGUUGCUGCCUCAUUGUGUGAAUUACGGUGAUGGAAAGCAGACCCAUAGAUAUUGUCAUGGUAAAACUAACAGUCCACUCUAAUGUGAAUAAAUGCUCUGGCAAGUUAUUCUCCAUAUAAUCGCUGUUCUUUUUUAAAAAAGAAAAGUAUUGUUUUAUAUUUUUGAAAGAGGCCCUGUGUAAUUUGCUGCUUGUUUUUUCCCCUUUGGCAGGGUGUGAAGAUUUCAUUAGUUUUGUUUUUGAAUUUGGAAAGAGCUUAUGUUCUAUGCACCUUACUGAAGAUGAGAUUGCAUUAUUUUCAGCUUUUGUUUUACUCUCUGCAGGUAAGGCAUUAAGUAUCUAAAAGCAUUCUCUAGUCCUGUGUGACGGACAGCAGAGCCAGACCAGAGUGUGGGGAUGCAGUCCCUCUGAAUCCCCCCCCCCCCCGGGCUGGAGCCUCUCUCUGAUUGGCUACAGACAUCUAUCCACAGGGGGGGGGGUGGAGCCAGCACCUUGGGAGAUAGAAUAAAAGGAGCCGCUUCUGAGGGAGAUAGUUAAAUAUGGAUAGAGAUAGGGUUUCGUUUGAGGGGGUGGGAUGGUUUAAGGAAGAGAGUUGGAGUGAGGAGAGGGAGUUGGUUCUGAGUAGAAACAUCCACUCUGAUGAAAGUAUCUACAGCUAGAGAAAGGAGUCUCUGAGCUUAGUGUGAACAACAGAAUUUAGCAUCUUAUGAGGCCAGGAGUUAACUUGGGGGCUGAACUUCAGCAGGAGAAGUAGGAGCUGUGAGGUCUACUUAGGUCUCAUUCUAGGCAGGAGGGGAGACGUCUAGAAAGAGAAGACUCCCAAACCCCUAAAGAGCAGUGUGGUUGAGCUCGGGGGUCUGUUAUAUUAUUUGAAGUACCUCAGGAGUGUGAUUGUUAAAAGGUUGGGUAGCUGACACCAUCUUAUUUAAGAAGCAAAGUAUUCAGCUGUAACACCUAUGCUGGAACAAAAUUAAGGAAAUGAAGUGAAAUAACUCAAAAUAACUAGUCUAGAAACCUGUAACAUCUAACUGAAGCGUAAUAACUGAACAUAAGCAACUGAGGUUUAAAAGAAGUUGUGCUUGAUUAGAUGCCUGUAGCAUCCAUUAGAUUCAGUAUCAUUAUUAAUAGGUUGACUGUUUCCUGAAAGAACAUUAUCUUCUGAUACAUCCUUUGUUUUAUCCACUUUGUUCUAUAUAAUAAAUCUUUCUUAUAUGUUCAGCUUUUGCCUGAGUCACCAAGUGCAGUGAUACCCUGGUUUACGAACUUAAUCUGUUCCGGAAGUCCGUUCUUAAACCAAAGCAUUCUUAAACCAAAGCGUGCUUUCCCAUAGCAGCGGGGGACUCCCUUUACAAAUGAAACAUACUCAACAGGAAGCAAAACAUGUUGUUAUUCCAAGGCAAAGUUCACAAACCAAAACACCUACUUCCGGGUUUGCAGCAUUCUUAAUCCAAGUUGUUCAUAAACUAAGCUGUAUCGAAGAUUUCCUUCACACUAAAUUUAAAACAUAACCUGUGGUGGUGACUAUAGAGGGUACACAUAGUUUUGAUCCACUGUAUUUGGUAGGCAGCAGCGGGAUCCACUACUUUUUGCAUUAAAAAGUUUAAUUUGAUUUUAUUAGAUUUGUUUAACAAUCACUUUAUACUCCACAAGAAAGAAAUAUCUUCUGCACUUGUUUAUCGUCCAAUCCUAUACUUAGAUAACUGUUGGAAGGAGCAGAAUAGAAAUAUAAUUGGCUGCUUUCAGCAGUCAGUUCUGUAAGGUCUGGUACUGAAAACCGUUUAACUACUCUAUAGAAACAAUCCCUGUGAUAGUGAAAGUGACUUCCAUGUUACAGGAAAGUGACAACAGUGCAGAGGCAAUUAUUUUACCAUGGAAGAAACGAUUUUACUACUCAUGGUGCUUUGAGGAAGGGUUGGUUCUGCUAGUGGGACCUACUUGGGAAAUGCUGGACGUUCAAGUAUUUCUGCCUACAUCCACAUAUCAAAUUAGCUUUGCACUUCAUUUUUGUAACUUUCAGCCUCUCAUUUCUGCAAUUUUUAGACCAAUGCCCCCCAGAACACUUAAGAUCCUUUUCUUUUAUCCACUACACUCCAAACUGGAAAGGUUUUCCCUUAAUUUGGCAGGUUUUGUCGCCACAUAAUGGCCUACCAUGCUUGCAGAUGCUAUACAAUGCUGAUUAAAAAGUUAUAGAAUGUUCCUUAAAAUAAAAUAAAAAAUCAAACUUUAAAUGUGCUUAGCACAAAAACACCUGGACUUGUUUGCCUGUAAUUUGGCAAGCUUUAUAAACUCUGGAGGGGCUACUAUGCCUGAAAUGCCAACCACUUCUAUUUAAAGGGAAAAGUUAUUUGCCAUUUUUUUAUUCUCCAUAAUAGUGAAGGUGGUGAAGUGGAACAGAGCUUUGUUUUUUCCAAGGCAGAUUUGCUUUGGAAAGGACAAAGUUUCCUUCCUCACUGCCACUCUCCUGGGAGCCUCUGAAGCACUUCAAACCAAAGUGGGUUGCUUUCGAAAGAGCCAAAUUCGAAUCCAACCCAAAUCUUAUAAUUGAUUCACAAUCCUAAAGAUUAUGCACAUAGCCAAGAGCGACUAUUUAAGAAUGGUGUGUGAACACUAGGACAACUAUAGGAUUUGCUGUGCUAAAGAACAAAUGCUUAGUAUGGAAUGUAUAGCUAGUUGCUUAGGAGAAGCACCAGAAAACAUGACUUUAUGGGCUGAUUCACACAUGCAUAUAUAUCACUUGACAACUCUCUACUUGACAAUACAUCACUUUUUCAUGUCACCAUGACUUGAUUUUACUGUAUUGUAGGAAACCCCACUAUACACAAGCGUAUGCUCUGGUAUGGUAGAGUCCCAUUCAUUUUGUACACAUGGAACACAUGGGACUGAAGUAAAGAGAAAGGAAAUAUGCCUACCAGUGUGCAGAAUUGCAGGUGUAUCCCUUUUGGGUGUUGUUAAACGUUGCACAAUUUUAUGUAGUCGUGCAUUGAGAAGAAAUAAUUGUAGAAAGCAGUUUGUGGAAGGUAGUUUCAAAAACAUUUUGAAUACUAGAUUUAAUCAUAUUGUAUGUUUUUAUUUGUAAGAUUUCAACACGAGUAAUUUUCAUUUUAGACCGAUCAUGGCUUCAGGAGAAAGUAAAAAUAGAAAAGCUCCAACAGAAGAUUCAGUUAGCACUUCAACAUGUAUUACAGAAGAAUCACCGAGAAGAUGGAAUCUUAACAAAGGUAAGAACUACAGAGUCUGACAAUGGCCUGGUUUGCACGACAGAGUAAGUGUCCUCCCUGGUCUUUUUUUACUGCCACUUAAGAGUGUCAUCUGAAUUGGGACUUGUGAUUAAGCUCUGUCUUCACUGACCGUAAGCUGUAACCAAGGAGAAGCCAGCCAGCUGCAAGUUCCUCUUCAGGACCCCAUGCAUUUACACAGUUCCAGUAAGCAAGGCUUUGGCUUACUGUGUUGUGUGCAACACGCCUUUUUCUGGUGAAUAUUAAUUAGACCCUGCUGAUGGUGCCUCCACCCUGUGAAACUCAAAGAGGUGGUGGCAUGUGAGAGCAGGGCUUUCUCUGUGGUGUGACAUGGAAAACAUUCCCCUCCAAUGUGUGCUUGGUCCCACCAUUAUGUCCUUUCCAGGAGCAGAUCAAGACACAACUCCCCCCCCCCCCAGGCCUUUGGUGCUGAGGAUGAACACCAAAUGAUCUUCCCUUCUCUGCAGUGCUUUGUUACUUGGGUGGUUGUUUUAAAUUAUAACUUUAGAAGAUUGUUUUAUUUGGAAUAAAUUGUUAUUUUGACCUCUGUUGUAAUCUGCCCUGAGAUACUGUGAAGGGCUGAUUAUAAAUGGAAAUACAGACAUACAUACAGACAUACAUACAGACAUACAUACAGACAUACAUACAUAAAAGGUAAAGGUAAGGGACCCCUGACCAUUAGAUCCAGUCGUAGCCAACUCUGGGGUUGUGGCGCUCAUCUCACUUUACUGGCCAAGGGAGCCGGUGUACAGCUUCCGGGUCAUGUGGCCAGCAUGACUAAGCCGCGUCUGGCAAACCAGAGCAGCGCACGGCUUCCCGCCAGAGCGGUACCUAUUUAUCUACUUGCACUUUGAAGUGCUUUCGAACUGCUAGGUUGGCAGGAGCAGGGACCGAGCAACAGGAGCUCACCCCGUCGCAGGGAUUCAAACCACCGACCUUCUGAUCGGCAAGUCCUAGGCUCUGUGGUUUAACCUACAGCGCCACCCGCGUCCCAUACAUACAUACAUACAUACAUUCAAUGUAAUUAGCAGUUUAGUUUAUGAUGUGUUUUGUGAGGUCUGCUUAAAAUUUGUACCAUUUUCCAAGACUGACAUAACAGGCUGAGCAAGUGAAAUUGAUUUUGUUUUUGAAGAGUGGAAAAUUAGCCACAUACCUUCACAAAAAUAGAUUAUGUUUGCCUCUGCUUGAUGUAUUCAUUCCACAUAAACUACUGAAUCAGCGCUCAAGGAUUAAUUUAAGCUAGGGCUACCUGAUUUCAUUUUAGGAACCAGUUUGCAAUGCAGCAGCUUUGCUGUGGAACAAAGGAACAGGAGUAAGGUACUUUUGAUCAUGUGCAUUCCUUUUCCUACUAAAUACUACAGCCUGCCAGCCACCAACCCUCACACAUGCACACAUGUGGGAUUAAGGCAAAGGGCUUUCAGAUCUGAGUGUAUGCCAUUCAAGCAGGAUCUAAACUCCAACAGCUCACCUUUUAGAAAUUAAGUACUAGUUAGGCUGCAAGUAUGAUGCUUUGAUUGUGGAAAUGUUAUGGAAGAUUUUGUUGAUACAUGUUUAAAUUAUACAAAUUAUAUUAAGUCAUACAAAAAAUACAGGCUUAAGGUACGUAUUAUUUGUUACUGAUGUUAAUGGAACAAUUUAAAAUGGAUAAUUGUUGCUACUUUAGUUUUACAGGCUUCACAAGUCACCCUUAACAAAUAGCCAUAUGGAACACUUUGAAAGGCAGAAUUUAGUUGCAACGAAGUCUCUCCUUAUUUUCCCUGUGGCUUUUCUAAGUUAUGGAAGAGAAGGAGUUGUUAUGGUUAAUGAUGAUGAUGAUGAUGGAUGCUGUUAGACAGGCAUUCUCUAGCCCCAUUCUUACAAGGAAACUAGGAUUUGUUACCUUGAAGAACAAAAUUAAAAGACCCCAAAGCAUUUUCAUACCUGUACAUCUAAUUCAUUUUGCUUUUCUCUCCCUACAGCUAAUAUGCAAAGUGUCUACUUUAAGAGCACUGUGCGGGCGACAUACAGAAAAGCUUAUGGCGUUUAGAGCAAUAUACCCGGACAUUGUGCGACUUCAUUUUCCUCCAUUGUACAAGGAGUUGUUCACUUCAGAAUUUGAGCCAGCAAUGCAAAUGGAUGGGUAAACGUAUCACCUAAGCACUUCUAGAAUGUCUGAAGUACAAACUUUAAAAGAGAAAAGGAAAAAAAGAUAAUAGAAGCCAAGACACUUUAUAUGGUCCGGCAUAGACCUAGGGAGCCAACACACUGCACAUCUUCUGGCGAAUGGGGUCAGGCAGAAAAAAUGGGGGAAAUGACAUAAAAGUUGAACUUGUUUUUCUCACACAAAUGAUUUCCAUGAUCCCUACCGAUAUGGACCCUUUUUUUGUCUUGACUUCUGUCUUUGACUUCUGUUUAUGCAGAAUGAGGGUACUAAAAAAUCAGGAGGUUUCCUUUUCCUUGAAACUCACUGCCCACAGACUUUCACAGAACGACGUUUUGUUAGUAAGAACAGAAUCUCCAGCUAGAAACCAGCGACUGGUGUGCAUUGCAGAGGCUUCAGCAUCAGUUUGCACAACUUGCUCAUUGUUUCAUGAAGGACGAUUUCUUUUCACCCUACCGUUGAUUGCCAGUAGGCGGAAUGGCAUGAAAAGGGUCCAUAGCAAUAGUGACAAUAGCAUUAUAAUCUAUUACAGGGUAAAUGGGCACGAAGUCUAUAUAUAGCAAAAGAGAUAUUGUUUAUAAUAUUGUUUUAAUUAAUAUAAAAUGUAGUUACUGGUAUAGCUUUUAUUGUUGAAUUGAUAAGGCACUUUCAUUUUGCACCUUUUUCUUUUAAAUUAUAUGCUAGCGUGUUCAUUGUUGUGCUGCAUGUGCACCAGAACUUCAAGUUUAACUGUGGGAGGUUUGGAAGGUAUAGGGACACUGCAAGGUGUUUAUGCUGCUGUUUUCCACAUUUACUUUUAAAGAGAGGCCGGUCAUAUCAUGAAAUACCUUCAGUGAUUUUGUGUAAUGGGACGAGGGGGGGAGGGGGGAAGACAAGUUUCUAAACUGCGAGUUUUAGCUUGUGUUUUUAAAAGACAAUUUAAUAUAUAAACAAAACAAUCCCUGUUCUUAAAGAGAUUGCUGACAUAGGGAUAGAGAAAAUCUAUAUUUAAUCACUUUAAAGGUGCUACUGAAAAAUUAGCUCAUUUUAAAGUCAGCCAAUUCCUUAGGUGACUAAAUAUGGAUUCAGAAAACCAAAUUUAGAUACAUAUCUUUUAGAAAUAUUGGUCCUAAUACUUUUGUUUACAUUUAGAGUGUGUGUGUGAGAGUAAGUGUGUGUGUGUGUGUGUGUGUGUGUGUGUGUCCAGCAAGUGCAUGUGCACCAUUAGUCAUCUGUUGAGACAGAUAGGGUACAAUCCAUCACGAAGUUCUUUUGUGUAGUCCUGAUUGAAAUGAAUGGGAGAUUUCCAAAUUGUAAUAGUGUUUCCUGGUGAAUUGUCUCCCUUGACUUAAAUCCAGCGUACAGUUAAGAGUGCCCAAAUCUCUUUAAUAUUUAAGACUGAAUAACUGUUUGCUGGAUUGUGGCACUGUUGUUUAUUUUAUUUAGUAAAAGUGGGUUUACAUGUGGCUACUUACUCCAUAAACUAAACAGUGUAAUUUAAGCGGGUCCCCACACCUAGAGAAAAAGGCCUAAAGCUUGAUUUCAACUGAGUGCUGCACUUUUUAGCCACAGAGGUAUGCUCAAUAAGCUGUCCAGGAUGGCCAGUUAUGUGAAUAGUGGAUUAUGAAAUGAAAUGAAGUAUCUGACUCUAAAGAAAUUAAUUUAGGAAUAGCCCUUUCAAUCUUCUCUUAUUUUCCCACCUUCCAAGGAAUAAAACAGGCCCACAUACAUUAAACUGGCAAUACCAUUGCCACCGAUAAGGCACACCAUAUUGAUUGGGCCCAGUUUAACUACAAACAGCAAAAACCCUCAUUUCACUGGCGUAGUUAAAAUGGAUGCCAACCACGUGGCUGCUAUGUUACACAGAUGGCUUUCCACACAGAAAAAUCUCAGCACAGUUUGCUUUCCUGGUAGCAAAUGGAUCAUAAACCAUGACUUUGAAUUAGGCCACAUCCUACCACAAUGCAUACAUGUGAUACUGAAUUUUCCAAGUGUUGUUUCAAAUGUGGUUUCCAGUAUAAGUGAAUCACACACCUUUUGAGAAAUCUUGUUUUGUUACUGAAGAGAAAAUAAAAAGGACAUACAUAGGGCUAGGGAGUGCUUCUCUCCACCUGAUUUCUCUGGAGCAUACUGGGGCUUCAUUCAAAAUGUAGCAAUUAUGUACAAACCUAAACAUUUUAGAACCUGAGUUCUAAUUUGAGUCAUUAUUUUAGGAAUUAUUUACAUACCAUCUGGAGUAUUUUAUUCAACCUUAAAAAGUCUUAGGUCAUUGUGUUUUUGUGACAAAUCCUAAAUCCUACUCAGCUAGAGGUGGCAAAUGUGCUAUUUUUUAUGUGUUGACAAGUCAAGAACUCAGUUAUUCCAAAGUACACUUCUAACCCUGAUUCCACCAACACCCUUGAUUGAGAAAAUGUAUCAAAGAGUAAAAGAUUCUUCUCAGGAUAACUUGUAAAGCAAGGGAGUUCUUCAAACUACACCUAACUUAUUCAAAUGACUCUUUGUAAAAUAAAUUUUAUAAUAUAGCAAUUUUUAGCAUCCUGAUGAUUUAAAUUUAAAGCAUACAGACUGAUGUAAUCUUCUUGUCUCAGUGCCUGAAAGUUUUCAUCAAAAGACAAAUCCAGGUGUCUAGACAUGGAUUUUUCAGGCUCCUAAAGAAAAUCUCAAAAAAAAUUUUUUUUCCCGUUUAUUUGAAAUUAUGAUUAUUUAAGUAUUUUUUUUAUUUCAAAAUGACCUCUUGCAAGGUAUGAAAAAUUUUAUUUACUUGUUGGAGUAUACGUGCAUUCUAGCAUACAGUGUAGUAGUAAUUCACAUGUAAAAGGUAAUACAAAAUUCCUAUUAAGCAAGGUGCAUGAGGGGCUAUGCAGUCGGACCGCUUUGUUUUGAGCCCCAAAGUCUUCAUUCAAUGUAGUAUAAAGAGCUGAAAAUUCUCAUCUUUGAGGGUUCCUACAUGCCCAGUGCAAACUGUAAGAUUAAAUUUUCUAUAGGCAUUAGAACUGUGAAGCCAGUUCAGUCAGACAGGAAACAAACUUAUAGCUGCAGAAUCUUUCAUCUCUAUCACUCCCAGGGCAGCUUGUUAGCAUCUAGGGAAAUCAAGGCCUAAUUAGUUCUGAAAGGAUCUAAUGUGCAAACAAAAGUGAACAUACAAACAUUUUAGGGCCAUGUUGGGCUUGCAGACAGGAGCUACUCAUGCAGACAUGUUAGUAAUAUAUACCAGCAGUUCUAUGUAAGAGGUUACACACAUGGCUGCCUUCAUGUAUGUACCUCCCAUCUGUGAGCAGAGCAGCAGAUCUCUAUGCUCCUGAGCCACUUAGGCUGGGAAUGUAGAAAUGGGAAAUUCAAAUGCAGUCCUCUUGCCAUUUACCCUUUCAAGUGACCACAGAUACAGUGGUACCUUGGUUUAAGAACAGUCCGGUUUAAGAACGAUUUGGUUUACAAACUCCGCAAAACCGGAAUAGUGUCUUGGUUUGAGAACUUUACCUCGGUCUACGAACGGAAUCCGAACGGUGGAAGGGCACCAGUGAUGGGAAGCCUCAUUAGGGAAAGCGCGCCUUGGUUUAAGAACGGACUUCCGGAAUGGAUUAAGUUCGUAAACCAAGGUACCACUGUACUUUGUAAGAAGGCAUCUAUGAUACAGUUUCAACAAACACAGGAAGAGCUAUGACUGGCUCAGAUAUAUUCUUGGCGUUCUGCACAUAUAGAAGCUCACCCAUUCCUUUCUAUAAGCAACCCUCUAAUGCAUACCAAGAGAUAGCAAAUAGAUUCCCAGAAAAGCCUGAGAAACCCCUGAUCACAAUAAACUUUAAUUGCAUCCAGUGAAUGGAAUUUUGAAAGCAUCCCAAUAUUCAGUUUUCCUCUACCCCAGUACAGGGGAGCUGUUUCUAAAGAAUGAAAAUCCUGCUAGCUACAUGGACAGAAUUUCGCCAUCCUCAUAAGUUUUGUUUAUUUUAUUGGAGUAACUGGUAGUAAAUGUUAAUUCUGGUCUUUUUAUAGAUGCAGUCCAAGCUUAAAUCCAGGCUGUUUAGCAAAUGAGGGUUUUUUUAAUGUGACCUCCCUCAAAUGCUAAUUUAGUUUUAAAGUUCAGCUAAAUUAAAACUCCAGUAUCUACCAGCCAGCGCCUGUUUAAGGCCUGCCAUUUACUAGAGACAAAAUGUAUAAAGUUGAUUCAAAUGAAAAAUGAACAGUAUUCACUUCUGGCAGUAAAAGGGUUAGUUAUAUUUUGGUAUUUCGUAUUGACUCAGUCACGGCCUCUGUUAUUGUUAGUAAAUAUUUUACAUUUAUCUGCUCACACAAAAUAUAUUCAGAUAUUGAAUUGGUCCUUACUUGUAGGCAAUGCCAUAUCAUUCCCAAUCUUAUCCCUAAAAGCAGACACCAGGUUCACUCCUGUCUUGAAAGCCAAGCACUUUAGGUCUACACAUUAGACACACCGUAAUCACUUAUAGCUUUUUCCAAAAUCCGUUAAUUGGUGCAUAAACUAGCCCAUGUUUUCUUCAUCUCAGUUAACAGCAAAUUAUGCUUUGAAAAAAGGUAAAAUGGGAACUGUUGCUGAUGCCUUUUUAACAUGCCGAAGAACUCAAGCUGUAGCUGAAAGUAUGCAGAUGCCAGCAUCAGAGCAGGGGCAAAACCUAUCGGGGAAAAGAAGCUGAGAAUAAGGACUAAAAUCACAAUAUGACGGGCUACUACCGUAUAUUCCAUUAGAAAACUUGCAGGCUGUAGACUAAAUUCAAAUGUAUAAAGUGUGGGAAUCUUUUGGGACUGUACUAUAUAAUUUGAUGAAGUUAUAUAAAAUGGCUACAGGUAUUAGAAUCAAUCACUCCAGAAAGCCGUUAAGUUAAAAAUUGUCUUGGAUUUUCAUGUUCUAUCUCAUUUUGCUGGACAUCUGGUACAGUUGGAAUAUUUCAAGAUAGAAUUUAUUUCUAAAAUAAGAUGUGUAGUCUUAGACUACGGUUAUAUACUUUUGCGUCUCUAGGAUUUUCCUACUGUUUUGAAAUGACAUGAUGCGAGAUACUGUUUUAAGUUUAGUUGUUCUUUUCUGGAGCUUUUAGACCAUCACCAUCAUCAUAUGGCUAUCAAGGUAUGAAUGUGUGUACCACUGUGUGUGUGUGGUUGCUUCUGGCCAUUAAGUGUCCAUAGAAUAAAGAAAAUGUGUUGAAGAUAUUUAAGUCAAAAAUAGAAGGUGGAAAAAAUAUUCUAUAUAAAGCCUUGUCUGGACCACUUAGAGAGACUUCUAUUUUUUUAACCCUUCUAUAAAUAUUUGAUGGCACUUGAAAUAUUCCUGCAAUAAAAUGUGAUUUGUGUAAAGAUUAACAAACAAAAAGAUUUUGUAAUGUGAAACAAUGAAAGAAAGCAAUGUAAUUUUUCAGAAAAAGAAAAAGAAAAAACAAACAAACCAACUUUGUAUUAUUUUUGUUGAUGGAAUUUGUCUACUUGUCUUUGGAAAAGAUUUUAUUUCAUUGAAUGUGCCAUAGUAGAGAUGUGGGUUGUGGUUUUUCGUUUUUAAGUUUUAGAUGACAGGAAAGCUAUUUGUGUUACCGACAUUCCAUAAUGUGUGAGGACAUAGCAUAAUAAUUUUUUUCUUUAUAUAUAUAUAUAUAUAUUAGUAAGCUUCAGUCAUCGUUGCUUUUUUGCACAUGUACUUCACUCCUCUAUAGUGCAAUAUGUACAUAGAGCACUUGCGGGUUUAAACCUUGACCCCUCAGGGAAAAAAUACAUAUUUGUUGUACAUAUUUUUUUUUUUGCCUUCUUCUUUUUUUUUUUGCUAAGGAAUGUCGAUUGAAUCACUUGUUGUUGUCAAGGGGCAGCCAGAUAAUAAUCCUAACGCCACUGCCAAAAAACAUUGAUCAUGUAAUCAUUCAUGCCCUGCCAUUCACAAUGAAAAAUUCUGACAGUUCUUUGUGCAAAUUGGGGAACAAAAGGGGUAUAUAAGCACCUUAUGAUUGACUUAACUGUGAAUGACAAUCCAUCUUGUUAUCAAUAAUAGAUGCCCUACCGUUUAGAAGUUGGGGUUAAAAAGUCUGAAACAAAUGUGCUCAGGGAUCUUGUAGAACUCUUCAACAGGGUGGCCAGUACUUCUGGGACAAAUGGCUUUUCAAAAGUUUCAUACUAUCCCUCCAUUGCACAACUGAACUGGGCAGAGACAUUUUUUAUCCAAGUGAAUUUCAGUUGUUUGGGUUUCCAGACCCUAUACUGCUCAACGCUUUUAAGGAUUGGCACAAGAUAAUAAUAAUUCCAGUGCUCUGAGUGUUUUGUUUAAUGUAUUAGAGAAGUGAGCUUGUUUUGGCCCAUGAAACAAAAUACUUUAAUUUUAUUUCAGAUAGCCACUGUUCAUAAUGUUUUAAUCAUAGACUCUUCAAUACUUCUAUAUGUCAUCUUGGGACCAACUACAUGUUAUGCUUACUGUGAAAAACCUUUGAUUUUUGUUAAUUAAAUUACAGGCACGAUGAAGUGCAUAAAUUCAAACAUAAAUGUACCACAUGGUGACAGGAGGCUUAUGGGAAUUGCUCCUCCUGCAUGGCAAGGGGCUGGUGCCAAAGGGAUUCUCCACCCAUUGAAACUCAUAGCCAUAUGGGAGGGGCAGUUUCUAUUCUGAUCAAAGCUGGGGAAGAGAAGAAGUAAACCUCCUUUCACUAUGUGUUAUGAUAGGAAUCCUGCAUUCCUCUGCAUCUGUAAUUUAAGUAAAAAAAACAUUGCUGCAUAUUACACAAUAAGCAUAGCAUGUAUCUUGGCCUGUAUCUUGGCCCUUGUGGUUCUGGCCAACACAGAGGCUUCUGGGGCAGGAUUUUAGACAACGCUGAAGAAGCUGGCAAUACACUAGUUUAUUUUCCAAAGCAAAUGUGCUGUAUAUUUUCUAAAUUUCUAUAAUGAAAAAACAUUGGGUGCCAAUACACUUUUAGACACAAUGAAGCUAAAUUUGUAUUUUUAUGUAAAGUUCAUUGUCAGUAUUUUGCAAUACAGAAUUAAUCCUUGGUGUUAAACUCCUGCUUAAUUUAAGUUUAUGUUAUCCUUAAAACUAUUGUUAUAAGCUGCUGUUUUAAUGAGAGCCAUGCAAUUCAAAAUAAACUGAAUAAUAUUCUGCCCAGAACAGGUUAUUAAACUCCCCCGCUGUUGGUGAAUGUGCUUUACUUUAACAAAAUAAAACCAAAAUUGGAAGGGAGGGUAAGCUGCAUGAUAACAAUCCCCAUAUAAUUCAGUAAUUAAUAUAAAUAUGUAGAAGGUAGUGCUGCCACUGUGCCAAACCACAGAGCAGAGUAUUUAAAAUGUUCUAAAAGGCCCUAAUAGGAGUGUGGAAGGAAAGCUGCAGUUCUAAGCCCAGGUCUUUGCUUCUGGAGGGAUAUAGGAUCUACUGGUCUCCACUGGUCACUACUGCUAACAUCAGCCAAUGGAGGGCUCCAAAAUGGAACAUUUAGUGGAAGGAACAGAGCUGGGCUGGCCAAAGUUUUGUUCAAUCCUAAGCUGGUCCAAUGAAGAGCCCAAUUAAGGUCCUGCUGCAGCAGAAAAGGUAGCCAUUACUAGUCCCGCCCACAUUCUGUUCCGGCUGGCAUGAGCUCUGCCACUCCAUUUUGCCAUGCUGCUCCCCAACCAGAGUUGGAAUUGCUCUGCUAAGCUUUCCUUGAUGUGUGAGGUUUGUGCCUCUUUCCAUGUUUAUUAAAAGCAGAAGAAGCAGUAAAGGAAAUGGAAGUUAAAUUAGAAUUUAAGACUCACUCUGUUUAACAGUCAGGCCAAAGAGAAAUUGAUUUCAUCAUCUCAGCUAAGUGGUUGAAUGCCCUUCUCCAACUGCAACACCCCCACUUUGUUUAAUUUAUGUAUCAUGUGUUCUACUCAUGCUUUCUUUCCUAAUUGCCACAACAUUGCAAUCCAUUUUUAUUUUUAUACAGAAGUAACCACCGUUAAGUAUAUAUAAAGCAUCCAUUGCAUGUUCUGUUGUGCUUACAUCCUGGUUCUCUUCUAAGACUAAAAAGUGGUUGUUUGUUGAAAGUGUUUUUUUCCCUUUCUGAUCUAUUAGCAGCUUAAUCCUUCAAAAUGAGACAGCUUUGUAAGAGGUACUCAGAUAUUUUCAAAGGAGUGAGCCUGUUUGUUAAGUGUAAAGGAUGAUCAGAAAAUUACAGGGUGAAAUACGUACAUCUAGAAGAGAUUAUAAUCCUAUAAAGCUGAACUAAUUAGAAAGCAUAUCUAAUUUUUAUUUUUAUAUUUGUUCCUAAGUGUCUGUUCUGUGUGCGCAAUUUAUGUAGCUUGGGAAAUAUUAAUGGACCAGUGCCAAUACAAAAUUGUAUGCUUUUUCUGGUUAUGUGAUUAUCCAGAUUUUGAGUGUCCAGUAAGGGACGCAUGAUUGCCAUGUGAUCAUUCUGGGCAACGCUGAGUGCAAAGUAUUCUUGAUGCAGUUUUAAGGCAAUAAUUUUGGAAAGAUUUCAAUUCAACCAUGAGCUCUAAUAAAAGAUUCCCAAAUAUAUGUAAAUAUGGAUAAGUAUUGACAUCAUAAUUGUUUCCUGCCACCUCUUUCCUUGGAGAUAAAACUACAGAGUUAACGCCAAAGCUGGCUCCUUGUAAGUGGGUGUCCAAGGCAACCAUUUGUGGAUGGUUUUCAAUUCCCAGAUGAUUGCCUUAGACACAUCUAUAAACUUGAAGAAUUGAUGUAAAAUAUUUGGAUGAUCUGUUAAUUUGUGUGACUAAUCAUUUACUUGGAGGUCUUCACACAAUCAUUUUUAUCAAGUCAAACAAAAUUAAUAAUCAAACUCUAUCUGUGCAUUUACAGGGCCAGGCUAUUUAGAAGUCAGAUGUCUUAUGACUUUAAAGUAUUUUAAAAAAUAAUCCAAAUGUUAAUACAAUGUGAAUAAAUUUAAAUUUUGUGGCAUUUACAUUUCUUCAAUUUAAUAUUUCUGGUAAAGUGGUGAUUAGGAAUCAAACCAAAGCCUUAUACAAUCAACCAAUUAAUUACUAAUGGAUUAAUGAUAUUACAAAUAAAGAUUUGAGAACAUAUUUUCACAUGCCAAUUCUGGUUCAAAUGUAUUGUGAUAAUUCACUACUAUACUGCGAAUUCUUAGAGGAAUGUGCAGGUGUCACAUUUAAAAUUUGUCAUGUUGAAACUAGUUUGUUUGUCUACUUUUCUAACUAUUUGGAUAUACAGAGAUCUAGGAAUAAAGGAAGAUGUUGUUUUACAUUGCUUUAUGUAUAUAAAUGUGUCAAUUAGAUUUUCACAUUUAUUGGUAGCAGGGCAUAAUAGUUCCUCUUCAGAGCAAUAAAUAAACUUAAUCCAAAUAUAAAAUUUUAGCUCCUGUGCAUUGAAGCAUUGUGAAUCUGAAAGCCAAGAAUCAUUAUGUCAUUCAAUUUUUAUUUUUUUACUGCUGUGGCAUUCACUUUAUCUUUACUGUUCAUCCCGUUGCCGCUUAAGAAUACUUCUUUUAAAAGGGGGAAAAGAAUUGAGCACAUAGAAUGCUUUAUGCUACAUCAUUAUUUUGUGCAUGUGUUUACUUUGCACACUUGAACUUUCCCAUACUCCUUAGAAAGUUUUACUGAAAAUGCAUAAAUGUACAGGACCCUACAAUCUGUUUGCUAUUCUCGUAUUGAAAUGCAGAAAAUUCAUAAGCAAUAUAGUGAAUUUUAUUUCACAAACCACAGAGGUACUGUAUAUAUAUUUUCCUAACUCCAAAAUUUUCUAUUUUGACUCAACAAAUUUGUAAAAAAAAAGCCCCAGUGGUAACUCUUUUGACUAUUAGGACAUUAACUGGCUGCUUCUUUAUAUGUAAUUGUAUUGUCUGCCUGCUCCUUUUUCGGAGAUGUGUUUUUGUAUGGAUGUUUGAGCCAAAUGGGAGGCUUCAAGCUAUGAUGUAUUUUCCCAGUUUAAAUAUAUUUAACAUAUGACAAACCCCAGACAAGGCUUUUAAUAAUGUAAGAAGAACUGCAGUGUUAGGUGGUUUAUUUGCAAACUUUUCUCAGUGCUAUCCAUUUUAUGGCACCUUUAACAAUAUACUUGUUUCCAAAGUACAAAAUAAAGGUUAAAAAAAAACUUCUAGCCAUAACUGAAUGUUGAGCAAUAAAAACAAUGACUUUUUGUGCAUAGAUUUAAAAGAAAUACAAAUUUUAGACAUCUGCAUGUAAAUGCAAAUAUCUUGUUUACUGCUUUCUUAAACUUGAUCAACCAACUCCUUGUUUUACUACUAAUUUAAGGACUUGUAAUGGCCUGUACACAUUUUCUCUUGCUCUAAUUCUUAUGUCAUCUUUGUCUCAGCUUCUGAGUCAUACUCUUCAAUGUUGUUCUGCUCACCUUUUGUAUGGUUAUAACUAUUUUGCUUUCAUUCUCUAUAGAUAAAAUAUACUACUUUAAAAGCCUAUGCGGUGCAAAUAUUUAUCUGUUUAUCAAAUACCACAUUACGCUGUAUAAUAUCUGUUUUACUAUAUACUCUAUUUUAGAAAUAGCUGUUUAGAACUAGAGUGUGCUAUUUUUGUGUUUUUCUGAUGUGUGGUGCUAGAUAAGUUAAUUUUAUGAACAAAUCUCCCUUUCCCGUUUUACUCCUAGGCAAUACCACAUUUGGGUCUUGUACUAUUUCACUGAAUAUCUAUGUGUGCAUGUGUAUAUACCUUAUAUACAUUUACACACAUGCCCAAUCAAGUACCUGUAUCAGAGUACCUAGACUGGGGACAUGUUCUCUCUGAAUAUAUAGUAUCAUUCUAUAAAGUUCUCUCUAGCAUAUUUAAUCAGGAAAAAAAUAACUUCUCAGUAAUGAUAUUUGAUAUCCUACGCUGAUUCUUCUUUCUCUCAUCUACUUUGCAACCGCAACACACUUUGGUUAUCCUAUGGCACUGUAGUUCUGAAACCAAGUCCUGUAUGCCAAGGAGAGCCCAGUGGUUUCAGUUUUGUGUAUCAAACUACUUUUCUCUUUAAUGUGUAAAGUACUAAAAAGUAGUCCUUUCCCCCCCACAGAACAUUCUAAAUUCUUCAGUGGUGCAAUUCAGCAUCCCUGCAAUUAUAUGGGGAGGGCUACCAUAGGGGUACAGUUAUAUUCUAUUGGGAGGGGGAGAAGUGGAGCCCCCAGGAGAAUUCAUGUGAAAAGAUGGUUCUGUCUUGAUUCAAGGACUUGGGAGAGAAAAGUACAAAUUAGAGUAACACUAGGUGCAAUCCACAAUGAACCCUAUGUUUGGGUUCAGACACUUGAUGGGCCCAAUAAUAUUACACCUGGGACUGCCAGAAGGCAUUGAUUGUAUGAACUGGUGCAUAUAAAUGGGUCAUAUAUGUUGCCACGGCUGUGUAUUACAACAGCUGUGUAUAUAUGCCUCUAUAUCAAUGAUGGAUUUAAUACAAUUACUGACUCCAUGUUAGCCCACUGGUGACCCCCUACACUCCCACAAGCAGUUGUGCAGGGAUUGACAACUGCCUGAACAAGAAUCAAUAUUACCAAGGAGUAUACAAAAAACUCUAGCUACUACUGUGUAUCAGUAGUUAUUAUCAAAGAAGGUAAAAUAAAACUUGUCAUUUCACUGAAAAAAGUAAAAUAAGCUUGACAUUUCAAUAAGGUUAGAAUGUCUAUAUUUCCAAUUCUGUGUUGCCCUCGAUUGCGCCAGUACAACAGUUAGCAUGGCUACACUGUGUUAUGUUCUCUUGGCUGCCCCAGCUUUUGUGGAUUAUUUUAACCUCACAACACUACAAGCAUGGGCCAACGGAUUGCCAAUGGAAAUGUGGCCUAUGAUGCCGCAGGCUGGUUCUGCAAUCCUGGGCUUCCACUGCACACUUGGAUGCCAACACAUCUAAGGGCUGGCCCAUCCUUGCCUAUAAUUAUCAGUAUAUGCAAUAAAGAAUUUCCACAAUGUGCAGUAAUACCAUUAAUACAACAAAACAAACACACAGCCAAAAGAGGUUUGGUCUCAGUUUUUAAAGCUUGAGAAACUUAAGCAAUGGUCAUACUAAUGGUGCAAUCAUAUGCACAUUUGCUUGGGAAUGUGUAUUUCUCUGUUGACUAGAAAUUUGCUAUAAAUUAAGAAAAUUAUAGCCAAAGAGUAAACUGGAAUAUGCACGUGUGGUUCCCAAUGGCACCACAAAUUGCACAGCCUAAUUCUGAGCAGAAUUUGGCACCAUAAAGUACUGCAACAGUAGAAUAGUAACUUUAAAAAAAGUGCUUAAUAAUCAGACUAUUUCAGCUAGAAUUCAAGUCCUGUUAUUCAUUACCAGUAUCAUCUUUUGCAAAAACCUAAUGGAUAUCAAAUAUCUAAAAUGGGAAACAACUGACCUUUAAAGGAUUUAUUACAACUCUUUUCUGUACUAUUACUGAAGCUAUAAGAUCUUUAGUUAAAAAAAAAAUUGAGAAAUCUAAGAAGCUGUUUGUUUACCGCACUUUUUAAUAAUAGAGGAUAGUUAAUAUUAAAGCCACACGUCCUGGUUCCAUGCACUGCUUCUGUAUUUUGAUUUAGCAAACAAACCAUUAUUCUGGAAAUAAAUACAAAUGUAUUUAUCAGCACCCUGGCUAUAUUUUAAUGAAUAGAAAUUUUAAAUACAAACAUUUUCAGGAUAAUUGAUUUGAUUUUUUUAAAAGAAAAGCUACAAUCUUCUUUAAAAAUGCAAGUCCAUGAUUAUUUUCUAGUCCCUUAUUGAUACAAUUCACCUCUUAAACAGAGAAUCUCCUGAUUUGUCUAAUAUAAGUGUCACAUACUUUAUACCAGUAAUGUUUUCCCUAAUUGUUUGGGCUUCAUUGUUUUAUAAAUUAUGCAAGUUUGUGUGAGUAAUGUUUCUUGUGUAAUUAAAUGUCUGAAGAAUAAAAAUAAAUGCUGAUUAUAAAUAUGUAUUGGUUUGAGGAUUAAGCACAUAAACAUCACCAACCUCACUGAGUAACACACUCAGUCUUCUGUAAAUAACUACAAAUUAUCAUGAAUCUGUACUGUACAUGCAAAAAUGUGUUGUCUUAUGUGUACAGUAUGUACAAAUUCAUUUUCUAGCUAUGAUAAAAGCAUAAGCCAUUGAGAGGAAUAUUAAAAGUAAUACUGUAAUAAAACUUCACUAAUUAUAUCUUCCCCGUUAUCACCAACUUUUUCACUUCUAUCAGAUCUUCUUUAGAGCUCACUCUUACACUUGUCAGCUUAGACUCAAGUUUAUUUUAUUCUGAUAUUGAACAAAGUAUUUUGACUCAUUUUGUAAAUACAAAUGUAAAAAUAAGAGAUUUAAUGUUGUCUUUUAAAUACUCUUGAUUUUCAUUCUAAUAUGAAUGUUGUUAUAUUGUACUUAGAACCUGUACCUUUAAUAUUACAUUACCUUUAUUAAGUGCAUUGAACACAUCAAUUUUAGAUGUGCUUUAUGUACUGUUCUCCUGUAAUAAAACUUCAGCUUCUAAUGG